GCGCUAGCAGACGAUUAGCAGACCGUGGCGGCGUGCUUAGAUACCACUGAACCAGCAAUAAGGGGGGUUAGACAACGACCAAACUUUUAUUUAGCCAGUCAACAAAUGGCAGCCGUCUAGAAGUGUUGAUUGAAUCUUUUUGAGAGGGUUUCAAGCGUAAGAAACUUUAUAAAGUAAAAUAAAAAUGGAAGAUGAUGGCGGUCCUGGUGAAAAAGAAGCCAACAAAGGUGAUAGUCCCAAGCCAGAUACAAUCACAGAGGAUAAUGAAGUCGCACCCCCACUUAUAAAUACAGACCAAGGUUAGUAAAUAAAUAUCUCUUGAAAGAAUGACUGAAAGUUUGGCAUCUUGAUCAAGUGAACUCUUUCCUAUGGUCAUAAAUAUUAAAAAAUACAAAUAAGGCAAAUAUUUCAAAUAAUGUUGGCAGCCUGUUGCACUGUUGUAUAAUUAUUUUAUAAUCAUUAUAAUAAAACCAUAAUUGGCUUAAUAAUGGCUAAUAAUGUAACUGUAUUAAUAAUGAAUAUUAAUAUUAAUGAUUAAAUGUUAAUGUAUUGGUUAUGUAUGGCUGAUAGGCUAUCCUUAUUAAGUAAUCUUAUUAUAGUUAUAAACAUAUUCUAUCUAGUAAUUUAUAUUGUAUGUCUAUAAAAAUAGACAUUAUUUAUAGCAGUGGUCCCCAAAUGGCGGUCCGUUGACCUUCACCGAUCCGCAUGCCUAACGCUGACGGCGACGGUCCCCAUAACAUAAAUAUUUAUUGUCAAAUAGAAAUAAAAGUAUACAAAUAAAUCAUGCACCGGACCCUGGUAAAAUUUCUAAACUUGUUCACCGGUCCGCCAAACUUUAAAGUUUGGGAACCACUGAUUUAUAGUAUAGUUAAUAACUUAUUAAAGCUAAAUGAGGAUUGUUCAUUAAAAAAUUUAAUUAAAUUAUAUUUCUUUUCAAGGUUUCCUUACACUUACACUCUUACACCAAAUCCAUAUUAUAUAUAUAGGCCCCUAUAUUAAAUAUAUAGGCUAUAUAUAUAUAUAUAUUUAUAUAUAUAUAUUUAUAUAUAUAUAAUAUCUAAUAUAUUUUAUUUGAUUAUUAAUGAUUAGAUUUUACUUUGAACUGGUAAUUAAAAUCCUACCUAAGUCUCUCCUACUAAAGACCUACUCCAAGAAUUAUUGUCUCAGAAAAUUAAAUAACAUUAACAUCACCCGUAUUUAAAUAAAUAAGUUAACUUCCUUUCAUUGAAAUAAAGCUGAGUAUAUUCAAACACAGGGUUCCCCACAAUUAAAAAUAACCUGAAUCAUUAAAAAAAAAUUAGGUUAGUAAUUUAUAGCAUAGCAAGCAAUUAAGUUCAUUACUUAACAUUACGCUGUUCAAGAUUAUAGUAUACUGAUUAUAAUUAUAUUUGUACUAGAUAUCCCAAAAUUUGUUGCUUAAAAAAAAAUCAUAUAAAUUUCUCAGUGAACUGCAUUAGGAUUUCAGCCCUGCAGUUUUACGUUAAAUAGUGAUGUCAGAUGAAAAGGGAAGCUAAACAAUGUUAAACAUUGUAUCUUUAGUUGGUUGGUGAAUCUGUCCUAUUAUAUUUUCUCCAGAUUUCUUUCUUUAAUUACUAAUCAUAAUCCAUACCAUUUCAGUUAUUAUUAUUAUAACCUAACUUUAUAGUAUUUAUCCAAGUUUUUCACUCAAUGCCUACAUUUACUGCACUGUUUUUUCUCUGGAAAUUAUCAAACAAUUGAUCCUGUUUGAACUCAUAAUUCUGCAACAUGUCCUUAUUAAGUUAAGUAGAAAUUGAGCUUUAUUUUGUUCUAUGAGUUUGACAGAGAAGCAAUUUUUUUUUUUUAAAGUACUAUCUUUGCUAAACUGUCUUUAAAAAAAUUCUAGUUCAAGUUCAUCUAGUUUGUUUAAAAAUAUUUACAGCUAUAUAUUUUACUAAAGCAAUGGUGUCAUUUACAAAAAAUGUUUGUAAGGAUUAAAAGCUGAUUACGGGCUUUAAAAUAGUCAUUAACUCAAGCUAAUAAAUGCAUUGUAAAAAUAAAAUAUCCAAAAUAUUUUAUCUGUGUUUCUGAUAUACGGUACAUAUGAUUUUUAGUUGCUAAAAAUAAAUAUUACUUUUUCAAAAAAAAUAUUUUAAAAAAUAAUAAAAUAGUCAUUAAUUAAGAUUUUAAAAAAUUAGACUUUUUUGUGUGUAAAUUUUGUCAGAGUUUUCAAUUCUUUUGGUUUCUUAAUAUCAUUGGGAAGAUUGGAGAAUAAGAUCUCACCACACGAAGGGACCAUAAUUACAAAACUAAUGUCUUAAGGAGCUUUUGUUCACAAGCUGAGUCUGACAGCUACUGUUCUUUUUGUAUCCAUAAGGCUCUCAGCCCAAUUGAUUUAUUCUAUACAACUUCUUGUAGCCAAUUUUUGACAGGAAAUAAUCAGCAUAUUGAUUUUUUCCAAGCUAUCACAGAGUUUCUCAUUUUAGACUCAGAACAAAAGCAAGGUCUUCCAGCUUUUUCUAUGACCAUUUGAUUAUGUAUUUCAUAUAAAUAAACCAUGACUUUCUUUAACAAUGCAUUAUUAUCUAAAGCAAAACAAAAUUAAACUGUCAUGGAAUACUUGUGUUAUAUUAAAAACAAAACUGAAAAUAGCAAUAAUGUGUAGUAAUCAGAUCAUAGCUGCUAAUUUUUAUGAAUUUUCUUUACUCUACUAAUUUUUGGCAUCUUUUGAUAUAGAAGACCUAUAUCUACUCACAAUUUUGGUUUUUAUUGAUUGUUUUUUGUUGUUUUAAUUUUUUUUUUUACGAAACACCUUUUUUGGUAAUGUGUUUGUAGUGACCCAGCAUUUUAGCUAGCAGAUUUAGUAAGAAGAAAGGGUACACACCUGGUGGCACUUUUGAUCCACUGCAACAUUAAGAUUUUUUUUCUGUCAGGAUAGUUAGAGGAUUCAUGUCCACAGCAAAUUUCAGAAAUUUUCAACUGGGGUAAGAACAAGUGAACCAACUUUUCCAAGCUCAACCAAGAAAACCAUUCACAUUAUAUGGCCAGUAAGGGAGUUACAAUCUAAAGAGCCAGGGAAGCAUGCAACACUCUUAAUAAGAUAUGGAAAACAAUCAAACAAAGCGGAAAAUAUUGAGUUUAAUGUUCUUCUGUGCUUGCAACAUGCUAGAAAUAAAAUAUUUUGAAAAGAUCCCAAGAUGGGAUCCUGAUGAGUAGGAAAUACAAAUAAGAAAUGGAGAUGAAUGGGCCAUACUUUUAGAAAACAAAAAUUAUAUAUUACAUGACUAUCUCUGUCAUGGGAUCCACAGUGCAAUAGAAAGAGAGAUUGAUCCACAAUUGGAGAAAGCAACUCAAUAUAGAGAGAGAGAAAAGGCCAAGAAGUGGAAUGAGCUGGCAAGUAUAGCUCAGAACAGAUAAAUGGGGGAAUAAAUUUUAUGGGGCCUAUACACAGCAAUGAAACAAAUAAGGCAAAGAAGACUUCCUAAAGACCACUCCUGGGGAGGUCAUGGAGGAUUGGAAAAAUUUUAUUUAUUUAUUUAUUUAGGCAUUUUUAUAUAGCGCUUACCUUAAAGUUCUAAGCGCUUUACAAUUAUUAAAAACAUGUAAACUAACUAAAAUAAAAAUGAGACAAUAGGAUAGUAACUACUAUACUAUAGAAACAAUUAAAAUGGCUAUAAAACGAGGACACAAUUUACAAUUUUCUUUCAAAAAAGUGCAUUUUCACUUAUGUUUUAUUGUUUUAAGAUGUGAAAAAGAAAAAGAUGACAAUGACAUGUGUUAAAUUAGUAGUGUAUUAAGCAUUUAAGCAAAUAUUUUAGGAUUUUAAAUAAUUUGUAUAUGUGUACAUGGCUAUCAACAUGAAAAUAUAGGGCACAUUUUAAAAUGUACAGUUGUCAACAUAUUAUACAGUUUACAACUAAAAAGAUUGAGCACAAAAUGUUGUGAACGUGUAUUUCUGCCACUAAUUGAAAACCCAUUCUUUGACCACCCUGUAUCCUUAAGAAAACAUAUGCCAUUAUUUGUUAAGCACACUUGUUGACUUCGAUUGGUCUAAAUGUUUCACUGAGCAAGGGACAUAAUUCAACACUAUAUUUUCUUGUCCCCCCUUGUUGAAUGCAAAUCUCUCAGAUUAAAUACCCUUAUUGGAUUUUCGUUCAUAGUCUCCUGGGGGUCUGUUCAAACAAAUCCAGUCCAUUUCUUUUCUAGGGCAUGGUAUGGGAGAAUCAUUCCAAUAUCAGUCAUACCUAACAGCUGAAUAUCAAAGACAAAUCAUUGCAUCCAGUUAGAAACUAUUAUAGCAUUUGUACAGAGAAUAGCUUUACAUUAUUAUACUUACAAAGCCUGGGUUCUUAUUCAGCACCACAGAUGACGUAAGCAAUUACAAUAAAGCUGUUACAUUCCUUAUCUCCUGAGGCACAAAUUUCAGAACUAGAUUACACAUUCUAUCAUACAUUAGAGCAUAAUGGAAAAGGGUGUAAUAAAUUUAAAGAAACUUAAACUUCGUAUGGUUGAUAUAUUCUAUAGGUUUGUUACAUUUAACACAAGUCAGUGUUAAAUGUUACAUUUUUAAUUGAAAAUGUGGAAAUUAAAUCAAUAAUUUCAUUUCCAAGAUUUAAAGCUAUGACAUUUAAAAAAUAUUGAGCUCAUUUACACAAAAUCCAUUUUCUGUGUACUUUUGUAUGAGGUACUUCUGGUUCUAAACCACCAUGAUGAUGAAGAGCAAAUUUAUUAAAACAAUAUUUGUCAUAAUGCAUUCAACUCACACAGGAUUAUUGGGAUAUCUCCCAGUUAAUUUCUGUUUUGGUGGCUUCCCAAGUAAAUCUAUCCAAACAUUUUAACUAUCGUUCUUAUCUCAGAUAACUCACAUUUCACAGAUAAAAUUAAUGCAGUUUGUCUGAACUAGUUGACUUUUCUAAUCUCUUAAAGCUCUUUUAUAAAACCAUUGUGAUGUGUGCUUUAAAAAACAGUGCGAAGAGGAAAUCCAGUUAUCUUGAUACAAUAUAGUCCCUUUUUGGCAUAAAAACAUGGCUUUUGAGGCCAUUAACAAUAAAAAAUUCUUGUAUUAUUUUACUAGGCAUCUUAGGUUUAAAUGUAGAUAAAUGAUUUGGGUGCAGUGUAUGUGAUUGAUGCAAUAGAGAUCUCAAUAAAGCUGAAUAGAAAUGGAAAAUAAAUCCCAAAAGCUGUUGAUAAGAAUGAAUUGAUUUCUCAAUUAUCUACAUAGGGCAUUUAACAUAAGAGGUCAGCUGUGAUGUAGCCGGCUUCAAGUCCAUCAACUGAAUGGGAAAUAUAAAAAAAGGCAUUGCUUAGCUGCACUGUAUUUUUAGAGGUGGUGUUCCAAACACGUAUUCUCUUCUCUUGCAAAAUUGAAGCAGAUUCUUUUAAUGUACCGUACCGGGUGCUAAAUAAAAUGUUUUUUAAAGUAAUAAAAUAGUUGAACAAAGAUCACUGGCAUACAUAUGACAUCACAAAAUAUCUAACUACCCCUACUCUUCUACUCUUUAAAGCCUUGCUUUUUCUAUAAAUUUUGAAAAAUAAAAAAAUAAAUAUAUAUAUAUAUAUGUGUAUAUAGAAAUUGUAAGCCAAAUUGAAAUUUUACAAAAUAUAUAUGUCAUGUAAAAAAAAAAAGUAUCUUUAAAUUGUUUUAAAAAUUAACUGCUUAAGAAUCGUAUAACUAAAAUUCCUUCCAUCAUUAUUGGAUUAGUAUUUCUUAAUGAAUAGGUAACUGAUUGGUAGUUUUUACCAGUUUUUCCUGAUGGUUCUGCUAUUUCUUCCACAUGAGGGGCUACCAAAAAGUAAAUUAUAUUUAAAUCACACUUCCUGACAUGAUGUCAUGUUACUCAUUACUCAUUUGUGUCAAAUCAUAUUCCUUUAAGUUCAAGCAAACCAUUCCACACAUACUUUGUCUCUGUCACACAUUUUAGCCCCCCCUCUUCUCCUCUCUGAAUGCCUGAAAAUACAUGUGGGGGAAACCUUACAUAUUAUGGUCUUAAAUCACAAACAGGCCUACAUUUUAAUGACAAUUUUUAUUUUGUGAUAUUUUUUAAGCCCCACACACACACACACACACAUUUCUUUUUUCUUGAUCAGCCCCACCCACAUAAUCAACAUGCUAUCUCCUAUUCGAUCAGUAUUAACUAUAAUGAUCAAUUGGUCUGGGAUUUUAUGGCUUUAUUGAUGAAGACAGCCUUGAUUAAUACCGGCAUGGUCAUUGAAGAAAUCAAUGAAUCAUUCAUUCAUUAUUCAUCUUGUCGUAACUUUCCAGAUGCAGAAAGAGACAAUGAAAAAGGUGAAAAGAAAACUGGAGGAAAGGUAUGAUUUAAUCAAACUAAUAUUUUUAAAAAGAAAAGUCAAAAUAAUCUCAUGAAGCUUAGUACAUUAGUAUGUUAUGCGAAAAAAGUCACUUUUUCUAUGCCCACCCCCCACCCUUUCCCCUGUGGCACGCAUAUUUUUUUGGAACCUCCCUCCAAUACACACUUACAAGGAGCCUUCAGACCCCCCGCUCCACACAUAUGACAACACAUAAUAAAAAAAUGUGUCACAGGUUCACCACCGACUGUUAGGCAAGCCCAAUUGUUCCCAGAAAAAUUCUGUGUCACUUUUGUUAUCUCACUGCCCUCAGGCAGAGCCAUGAGAGUGGGGCGAUGAGGGCAGUAACCCCAGGCGCCAACAUCAGGGGUGCCAAAAUAUACUAUAGGUAUGAUCUUAAAAGUGAAUUAAACUGGAAAAUCCUGUACUUCAGGAAAUUGUCUUUUUACUGGAUCGACAGGGACCUCAUUUGGGUAGUGCAGAAUUUUAAUUUGCAUAUUUUAUUUAAAUUGCUAUGUAAUACGGCACCUCCAGUAAUAAACAAGUCAACAAGCCAGCCAAGUUAUGGUCCCCUUUAUCCCCCCCCCCCCUCCAACCUGCAAUUAUGUUGCUAUGUGGGGGUGUUCUUUCUAUAUAUUUAGUUAAUUAAGGGGCUCCAUUUUCCGGUCUUGCCUUGGGUCACAAUUUUUUUCUCAGCAUGGCCAUGUCACGGGAGGCUUUGACUUCCUCACAGAGGCACUGCAAAAUAUCACUCACUUUUCAAAAUUUUAUUUCCACUUCUAAUCCAAUAUGACAUCUAGCUGUCCCGAUCUUAACAGUAACCCACUUGAGUAACUACUGUUGGCAGUUACCGGGUGCUUGCUGAUGCUUAGUGACCUAUAUAGGUUUUUAAUUUAUUUUUUCCUGAGCCUUUAUUUUAUUUUGUUUAUGUUUUUUCUAUUUCGAAAUUUACUUGUUAGAAUUUAACACAGGGCAUUGUUAGAGGUUGUUGGUUGGAAUGUUUAAAUCCUGUUAUUUUAAAAGUGAAAACAAAUAUUUUCUUUUCCAGCCAACUAACUUGAAGCCUAAGCCCAAUGUAGCCCUUGGAGGUGAUGUGAAACUAUCAAAGGCCAGUAAAGAUGAACGACGGAUGGGGGUAAAUAGAUAUUUUCAAAUGUUGCAAUUGAAAGAAUAGGAUGUAAAUAUUUUUUGUUUUUUUAAAGUUUUUUUUUAAAUAUUAAAAAGCCCAAAACUUAGUCAAAUUAAAUUAGGUUAUAUCAAGUUCUUGCAUUAUGCCUGAAAAAAUAAUGUUAAUUCCAAAUUAAUUACACAACAAUUAUACUGCAAAAAUCAGAAUAUUGAACAGUUUUAAGUUACAGCUAUGUUGAAGCCAAAGAAUAAAAACAAAAUGUACAGUUCCAUCAACAAAGCUGACAGCUGCAACACCAAUUCAAUCUUAAAAGAAAUCUAAUGAAAGCAAGAGGCCCUUGUAUAAUUAUUCGUAAUCCCCAGUUUCCAUUGUUCUUCAGUCUAGCAUUGAUCCAGCCUAUAUUGCUUAGGCUAAAUGGAGAACUGAAAAGUCGGUCUGUGCCUUGUUUACCCUAGAUACUUAAAACCAGUGUAGUAGAAGUGAAACAGAGGCCAGCUCUGUUUAAUAUUUUAGUUUAGAGAGCAGAUGGAAUUGGGUUAAGUAACCCUAGGAGAGAGCUAACUUCUCUCCUUCCAGCAUGCUUUAGUCAAUAUACAAUGCAAGCCAUUGAUGACGUUAAAAAAAUAAAUCUGUUAGUAUCUAAACAAUGAUAUCUACCAAUGAUAUAUCUAAUUAUAACUCUGUAAAUUUGGGGUUUAAGUCAAAAGCAUAAAAGUGGUAUAACUCAUUUUCAAAUCAAUUUCUGAUGGCAUGUCAUGACUCAUUCUGUUUUUCAGCUUGUAAAAAGAUGCAAAAUAUAAAUUGUGUAACUGUUAUAGGUCCAUUAGAACUUAUUAAAACAAGGAGUUAUGUUCACCUGUUACAUAAAAUUGAUUUUAAAAAAAUAUUUUUUUGGGGGGUAAUUUUACUUAAAAAAUAAGAGACAGAUAAAUAUAAUCCCACUAAUCUAUCAGGCCUUUAAUGAUUUGCUUGGAUGCUGCUCCUGACAGAAACAGCUGAUAUAUUAAACAAAAUUGGUUGGCAUGUCACAAUUUAUAAAUGAGCUAUUAAAGUGGUCUGAGAAUACAAGGAUUUAAAACUGCUACUCAAAGCAUUGGGUUCAUUUUUUUUUAAAGGCUAUAAAAAACAGUUGUCAGCUGGCCUUCAUGUGAGAUGCAUUAAAUUCAAUGCCUGUUAAGAGGUUCAGCUUAGACUUGCAUUAUCACAAUGCCUUUAGAUAUUUACUGUUACAAUAAUAUUCAGAGGACAGCAGCUAUUUUAAUUCUGAUCGUAUAAGUCACUGAAUCAAAUGUUUGUUUGGCUUUAGUAGUUAGGCCGCCACAUUUACAACAAAAGUCGAGUGUUUGAGCAUUUACUAAAAAGAAAUCCUUUAAUUGUAUGUAAUUUAUUUAGUAAGAAGACAGCAGCAUAACAUCCACAGUUAAAAGCUUUAAUCGACAUAAUGUAUGUCAAUAAAUCCUGGCAACUCUCUGAAACACUUCUGUAAAUCUUUAUAAUCCACCAUAACUCAAAUAUCAACUUCUGUCAUCCCACAUGAAAUUGUUUAAGUGAAAAGUGAAUGUCAGCUUUGUCUUCUCACCUACUGAUAGCAGGAAAUAGAACAGAGUCACCUGGUUCCAUUACAUUCAUUGUUAAUGUUCAUUUAAAACAACCAGGCUAGGCUUCUAAGCCAUUUCCUUGAUAAAAAAUUCUAUUAUUUUAAGAAAUUUCAUAAAAGUAAAGUUCGUUUGAUAUUUCAUUAUAAAAGUUGAUGGGCUACAUCUAAGUUAUAACAUAAAUCCAAGGAUGUAUUGAUUGAGUUUUUAAUAAGUUAUAUUAUAGUUUAAUGAUAGGCCCUGCAUAUGUCAUCAACCACCACUCGCAAACACACUUUUUCUUCAACUUUCUUUAAAUCAAUAUGAAUGUCUCAUAAAUAUUCAUAUACAUUGUUGCUAUCAACACAUUCAGCAUUUUUAGCCCCCCAAAUAUCUUUGAACCUGUGCGUCAUAUCAUGAGCCUAAUAUCAUUUGGCAGACUGUCUGUGUCCCUCAUAACCCCUUCUGCGUUCUUAUGAACACUUACUAUAAAGAACCAUGUCAGUCAGUCAGGCACAUACGGUCAUGACAUGUUCAAUCAAACCACCAAGUGGUACCUCAUGGCUUAAAUCUUUAUAAAGCUUGAUCAAUGGACCAUGAAGAUAUUGGUGAAUGCAUUACUGCUAAGCCAAAGAAAAACAUUCUGAAUUCUUUGUUACUUGAACAAUGGUCCCUUACAGGAAUGCACAAUAAAUGGUUAUUAAUCUUGAAUAAUAUUAGGGCCAGGUUUUAAAUUUCUUUCAGGCACACACAUUCUAAGAAGCCGUAAUUAGAUGGUGGCAUUAUGCUUUGAAACUUGAACUAAUCUCAUUUUAUAAAAAAAAUAUCUCAUUAUUGUGGGACAGUGGCUACAAUUUAUAUUUUUUAAUAAUGCUUUUGACAUAAAAAUCAACAAAAUCAUGAAUUCUUAUUAAUCAGGAAGACUAUUGUGGGUUUUGAUUGGCCAUGUCAAGUGGUUUUAAUUAAUGAUAAAAGUGGGUCCUAUCAGCAAAUUUUUAAAAAAUAAUUCAUCAAAAUAAAGUCUUUUGGGUUGGCUUGGAGUGAGAAUCAAAUGUACUUAGUGUCUUAGCUAAAGUCUGUUGGUUUAGCUUAAAGUGGGAAUCAAGUGUACUAAGUGUUUUAGCUAAAGUCUGUUGGUUUAGCUUAAAGUGAGAAUCAAGUGUACUAAGUGUUUUAGCUAAAGUAUGUUGGGUUAGCUUAAAGUGAGAAUCAAGUGUACUAAGUGUUUUAGCUAAAGUCUGUUGGGUUAGCUUGGAGUGAGAAUCAAAGGUACUAAGUGUUUUAGCUAAAGUCUGUUGGGUUAGCUUGGAGUGAGAAUCAACUGUACUAAGUGUUUUAGCUAAAGUCUGUUGGGUUAGCUUGAAGUGAGAAUCAAGUGUACUAAGUGUUUUAGCUAAAGUCUGUUGGGUUAGCUUGGAUUGAGAAUCAAAUGUACUAAGUGUUUAGCUAAAGUCUGUUGGGUUAGCUUAAAGUGAGAAUCAAGUGUACUAAGUGUUUUAGCUAAAGUCUGUUGGGUUAGCUUAAAGUGAGAAUCAAGUGUACUAAGUGUUUUAGCUAAAGUCUGUUGGGUUAGCUUGUAGUGAGAAUCAAAUGUACUAAGUGUUUUAGCUAAAAUCUGUUGGGUUAGCUUGGAGUGAGAAUCAGGUGUACUAAGUGUUUUAGCUAGUCUGUUGGGUUAGCUUAAAGUGAGAAUCAAAUGUACUAAGUGUUUUAGCUAAAGUCUGUUGGGUUAGCUUAAAGUGAGAAUCAAGUGUACUAAGUGUUUUAGCUAAAGUCUGUUGGGUUAGCUUGGAGUGGGAAUCAAAAAGUGUUUUGGCCAGGCUUUUUUCAGAAAAAUAAUAUAGUUUAAAAAAAUAUGAAAAAAUCUUUAAUCCCUUUCCGCUUCUGUCUGCUUCAAUGGCAAAGUGUUUUGGGGACAGUUUAAAGCAGAAUUACUUCAUCAGGUGUGCCCACAACGCAUUGGGGUGCAGAGGCAGUUUCAGUGGGUGCAGGAAGACCCAGAAAAUUAGGUUUAUUAGCAUUUUUGAUGGUAUGGGAAAUGUGCUUGAAAUCGAGAUGGGCAUGUGGGAAAAGUUUUAAAAGGAAGACGGGGUGAGAUUAAUCUAGAUUAAUGAUUAGAGCUACACUUUCAGGUAGUGUGGUAGACUCUACCAUCCUAAGAGCACAUUCGAGGUACUAAUAAGUGAAUUUUUAAAGAAAAAUUGGUAUUAGAUAUUAGAUAACAUGUGGAAAAGUAAUCUACAAUUUGAAUUGGGGGGGGGGGUUGUGAUUGAAUCUCAAAAUUAUUAAUCUAGGGCUUCUGGUUAGCUAAAUCUGGCCCCGACUGGUAGGCACAUGUAUCACUGAAAUGUUUUCUUUUUCAGAUGGAUACUCGUCACGAGUAUCUGAUGGACCAACUGGCCAGUGCACUUAAUCUGGAUAAAAUUCAAAUUUUAGAUUACUUUUCCACAUGUUAUCUAAUAUUUAAUAAGUUAAUUUUUAAAGAAAAAUUGGUAUUAGAUAUUAGAUAACAUGUGGAAAAGUAAUCUACAAUUUGAAUUGGGGGGGGGGGGUUGUGAUUGAAUCUCAAAAUUAUUAAUCUAGGGCUUCUGGUUAGCUAAAUCUGGCCCCGACUGGUAGGCACAUGUAUCACUGAAAUGUUUUCUUUUUCAGAUGGAUACUCGUCACAAGUAUCUGAUGGACCAACUGGCCAGUGCACUUAAUCUGGAUAUAGGAGUGGUGGAAGAGUUUUUAGUAUCUGAUGAUAGGGUAAGCUCCACAUUCGCACUGUAAGUAUGAUACUUUUCUUAUUUGUUAAAAAAUACAUUUUUAGUGCUGAGCUUGGUGACCUGGAUGCUUGGAAAUACAAAGUAUUACCACACCUGGCACAUACCCAGACUCUGUAAAACAACUUUUCCGGGUGUGGGUGUCUUCUCAUUUGGUUUAUGUCUCACUCAGUGUGGAGAAAUGAAAAGUGCAUGCACAGAAUCAGAACAUCUUUUUAAAAUAAGUUUUUGACAUUUUACCUGCAUUAAAUAAUUAAUAAUAAUAGUCUACCCAUGUAAUUUUCUAUUCUCCUUAUUGGGUGGAACAUCCAGAAAAUGAGAAGAUAACUCUUUUUUUCUUUUGCAACGCUAGACUCAGACCUGCCCCGGGUUUAGACUCAAAAUACCUGGACCGGGAUGUAAAAAAAAAGCUGUAUCCGGCUCAGCCCUAUUAAAAUUUCAAUCUUAAAAAAUGGAUGCAUAUUUUUAGCUGCUGUAUUUACAUGAGAAAAUAAUGUUCAAGCAGAAUUUUUUUUCCUUUUUCUUAGUUUGAGUUGAUGGAUGAUUUCUUCAAAGCUGAUGGCUCCCGAAAAAUAAUGUUCUUCUAUCAGGAUGUGUCUGUAAGCACAGCUUUAUUAAUAACAUCAUAAUGAAAGACUUCUGAAUAAAUUUCCCUUUGUGUCUCCACAUUAGAAGAGAAAAAUGUUUCAGGAAAAACACCAGAUCAUUUAUGUCUAAUUUUAUAACUACAAAGUAAAAAAAGCACGCUAUCACAAAAGACUUUAAAAUCCUUUUCACACUUUGAAAGUCUGUUUUACAAAUUCUUAAAUUUAAAAGUCAUGAAUAAAAUAUAGUUCACCAAUUUUAUAUUCCUAGAUAGCAGAUCAAAAAAAUGGUACAUUUGGUAAUGUUCCACACUGUACAUGAUUAUUAUAAAUACCUUGUUUUUUUAUAGUACUGCUCAUGUUAAAAGUGUUUUUAUUUUAUUUACAUUAUAAAUUUUAAAAUUCGUUCAUCAGAAAGGAGAGAAAAAGAAGCUAUUUAUCACAACAGGUGACUCAGAGGUAGGUUUUCUGUAGAAUGUAUUUGUUUUAUUAUGUUUUUGUACACUGCACAAUUUUUUUUGAAAAAGGGUACAGUGAUUAUAGCAGAGUUUGAUUUCUCUUUGAAAAUGCAUAAGUUUGAUGUCUCUAACGAAAUGUUAGCUAUCAAUUUUAUGUUUGAUGAGUCAAAAUUUGCUCUCCAUUUAAUUAUGUAAAUGUUUAGUGUUCAUUUAUAUAAGAUUAUGAUGUAACUAUCUAGCUUUGGUGAGUUUAAAUUUUUUUACUGAUACAGGAUUUAUUACAAAAACAUUUUAUUGAAGUUUAAAUCAAAUUUUUAAAAAUAAAUCAAUGGCGGAUUAUUUUUUUUUUCCUCUAUCCUCUACCAGGGUCUUAACGGAAUUUGCUUGUUUUUCUUGAGAACAACAUCCAAGGCUAUUACAACUGCCAACAUUGCUCAAGAAGUCAACUUUGGCACUAUGGACUGCACUGGUGGAAAAAUCUUGUCUGGAUUUGAAAAGCAUUUAUCAAAAAUCAUUUUGCCUUCACUCAAAUCCUUAGAGGUUGGUUAUUAUUUUAAUUUUAUUUUUUAGGGGAAAAAAAGUUAAUCACCUAUCAUAAUUUUGUUUUCCUUUAAUAAAUUAAUUAUUAUAAUUUAAACAUUUCCUACAUAGUGACAUCUGAAAUAAACAUUGAACCAGAAUCAGGAGUAAACAAAUAUUUUCCAACCUUAUUUUUGUUAUUUUCCUUCUUUUUUUUUUCCGGGUUAAAUCUACUCAAUCAGUUAUAAGCCUUAUUAAAAUAUAUUUGCAUCAUUUGUUUGGUUUAAGUGCUCACAUUGCUUAAAACAAUUUUUAACUAUGUUAUGGUGAAUUCUGAUGUUAGACAGAACAAACUCAUGAGCGUUUCAGGAGAAAGGAUUUAAUCUGCACGCAGUCUCCCAUGGAAUAGAAGCAGAAAAUAAUUUUAACAAUUUUAAAAUAUAUUACUUCUGAUAUACAUCUGUCUAUUACUGAAGAUAUUUUGGAAAGGUUUGAUAGGGAUCUAUUAAAUCUGGAUCACCUGAAAUUAAUUUCACAUUCUACAAUUUAGGCAUGGGGGACUCUCUCUAAAGAAAAUGGCACGAUUGCACAAGUGGAUGAGUUUCUGGAAAACAUGGAGAAGUUUAUAAGCAGCCUCAUGUCUGCUCUCAAGAACAUGGAAGGGCAAGUUACUCUCAAGGAAAAUGGGCACAGUACCAUUAUUGACCACAUCAAAACACCUGCUGACUAUCAGGACACAGGUCAGUAUUUCAUUUCACAUAUUUCCACGAAUGGGUCUACUAAAAUAUCAGUUGCUAAAAUUAAUGCAAAAUAAAAUAUUUUAGUAAUAAACUAACAGAAAUUUAUUUGGCAUACCUUGAAUUACACUUAUUUUAUCCUAAUAAAGCCAUAGUAUCUUCAUCAAAUUACACAUUGCUAAUUUGUAUACAUUAGUUUAAAAUAUGUCUUACUUGAAAAUGGGAAAUAUGAUUUAUUAGUAAUACACUGGACCCUUGAUAAAGCGCAGAAAUGGUUAUAAUGCAGGAUAAAUAAUGACUUCCCCCAAAAAAAUUUUGCUUUCUAAAAUAUGCAGAUUAGGAAGACCUGAGAAAUCAUUUAAUAUCAAAGGUCUGGUGUCAUUUUAGUUUAAUCAAAGGAUAGCAAUAAAUGUUAAAUAAGUAUCAUCCAAAUGGCAAGAAUUUACUCAUUUAUAACUAUUUUUUAGACUAUCAUUGAAAGGGAAGCAUAUUAUUAAACUAAAUUAUGACACAACAAUUUUUAAAAGGAAAUUAAAUAAUUGUAAAAUGACAUGCAUCAACAAAUCACAAAAGUCACUUAAUGAUUAUAUUUCAGCCAGCAACACUGAACACUUAGAAAAACUUGAAGAACUUCUGACAUUGUGGUUAAAGCAAAUUGAGCAAGUUCUAGCUGAGAGUGAGCAGAUGAGGAGGGAGGCAGAUGACAUCGGACCAACCGCAGAGCUAGCAUACUGGAAAACUAGAAUGGCAAAGUUUAACAAGUGAGAGAAUGUGUGGUCAUCAAAUUGAUCAACUUACAUAUUGUACUGCUCCUUUGGAAAUCACUGAUGAGCUAGACCAGUGGUUGGCAAAUAGCGGCUUGUGAGCCACAUGCGGCUCUUUAGCGCCCUGAGUGCGGCUCGCCAGUUGGCCAAAAAUGGGUUUUGACUCCAAAAAACAUGGUUCUUGACAGGUUCUUGAAAAGAAAUUUGGCUCUCAAACAUUUUUAAUCGUCCUGCUUCUGAUUUUUGGCUCUUUUGACCAAUGAGUCUGCUAACCACUGAACUAGACCAUUUUAUAAAGGCACAUAUAAGUAAUAAUUACAAUGCAGUCUUACGCUGGUUAUCUGGAUAGAGAAAAAAAUAUUGUUGGUCAGGCUUUCUUUAAAUAAAUGGUAUUAAUACUUAUCAUUUUCUGCUCCAUAUGAAGUCUUCUAGAACAAAUGAAAAGUCCAAGAGUUAAAGCAGUGGUUGGUGUGCUUCAAGUUUCAAAGUCAAAGACUCUCAAGAAGUGGAAAGACUUGGUGAGUACCAGGCCAUGAUUAUAAAGUAGUCAGACUGAUUUUAUAUUAUUUAAAGACAAUGUUUAUAAAAUUCUGAAUGUGUUAAAUUAACUCAGGGAGUCAAGAAAUUAAAACAGAACAUAUUCAUAAUUUUAAACAUUUUAUAAUGAAUUUUUUUUUGGCUUGGAGGCAUUGGAUAGAAAAACUUGACAGAGGGAAACCUUCACUUGGUUUAAAAUACCUAAUAAAAUGCCAGCUCAUAUUUAUUUAUUCUUUACUGUGACAAUAGUAUUGACAAGCAAUUAGGCUAUUAAUUAUUUAGUUUUUCAGCAAAGUAACGAUAUAAUUCCAGUGAAUUCCAUACAAACAUCUGCUGAAAUGUAGCACAUGAUUAUUACACUGAGGAAAGCAUGUUAGGUCUGCCAUCAGGAGCCAUGGAGUAAAUUUGUUGCUUUGAAAGGAACAAACUAGUCCAACUGCUCAAAUAGAUGGGGAGGGAAUAACUUGUUUAUACCUUUUUCUCAAUUACUAGUAGGCCUACAAAUAUAGAAAUUGGACCCAUAAAGUUUAUACUUUAAUGUAUGUAUUAAUUUCGUUUUCUCCCAAAGGAUGGUCGCAUAACAGAUGCAGCCAAUGAAGCCAAAGAUAAUGUCAAGUACCUGUACACCUUGGAGAAAUUCUUUGGGCCACUUGUUAAAUGUACACCGGUAAGUUAAACUUGUAUACAAUUGAAUAAUUGGAAUUUAAGCUUACCCCAGGCUUCUUCUUGGCUUGUUGCUGUUUUCACUCUCAAAAUAUUCGUUAAAAUCCCUUGUAAUUUACCACUCCAUCUGUCCCCAGGCAACUAUGGUGGAACACAUUCCUAGUCUGAUGAAUGCCAUCAGAAUGAUCUACAGCAUCUCACAGUAUUACAACACCUCAGAGAGGAUGACCUCACUCUUUGUUAAAGUUACCAAUCAGAUGAUAACCACCUGCAAGGCUUACAUUAUUCAAGGGGUCACCAAGGUCUGGGAGCAUCCAAAGUAAGUCUUUCUCAUCAGUGAAAUUCAUUAUGCAUAACAUUCAAGUUCAUAAUAUUCUAAAUUUAACUGUAUUCAGCAUUAAUUAAUUGAUAAAAUGAACAGUAAAGGUCGUAGGUUAUUUUUGUAAUGAUUCAUGUCUUUGACUCGAUAAUCAUGAUUCUUACAACUCUUUCUUAUUCCCCCUAACUUUUUGUAACUACUCAUCCUUAUAAUGUAGGACAGGUGAUAUUUCUUAUCACUCUAGAUAUUUUAUUUCUCAUUGCUCUAUGGCUAAUUAUCUUCAGUGUAUUUGUCUGGGUAAAUAAUAGAACUUAGAUUCCUUAUAGAUAUAUUUAGUACCCAUGACAUGUUUGAUGCAAAUGGACCAAUAACUGUUAUUCUGAUAUUGAAAUAUUAGUUAAUAAGAAUAGCAACUUUAUUUGCUGAAAUGAUUUCAAAAUGUUAUUGUGGACAGGGAGGAGCUCCUGAAGAGACUGGAUGAGUGCAUCCACCUUAACCAUGAACACCAGAGACACUUCCAGAAAACUAAGGAGAAACUCAAAGAGACACCCAGUGAGAGGCAGUUUGAGUUCAGGUAUAAUGAGAAGGAUUUAGAUCACUGUCACAUCUCUUUGUUUUAAAAUGUUUGAAGGAUAUUUCUAGAAUAUGACCAGAAAAUUAGAUUCAAUACAGAAAAUUAGAUUCAAUACAAAAAAAUCAGAUUCCUUUAUAAAAAUUUAAUUGGGCUACAGCUAUGCUGUAACAUUUACAACAUUUACACAUGUUUUAUAAGUUUGACAUGAUGCCCUAAGAAUUUAAACUUGAUCCUUAUAAUCUUCAGUGAGAACUACAUCUUUGGAAAGUUUGACACUUUUUGCAAGCGCCUUGAGAAGAUCAAAGAUAUGGUCAACACGAUGGAGCAGUUCUCUGGCUUACCCAAUAUCAAGAUUGAAGGCAUUGAUACCAUUGUGGUCAGAUAUAAAACUAUUGUGGAAACCACCAAGAAAAAGAGCUAUGACAUUCUUGACCACAGGAAAGGAGAUGUAAUAUAUUAUUUAAAUCAAUUUUUGUAAACACAACUUAAUCAGAUUUAUAUACCUAAAAAAAAGAAUGUUAAUAAUUUGUUUAAAAACUUUAAAAAAAAAAAAAAAUGCCCUUUAAACACCAUAAAUUAAAUUUAAUGUGACCUUACAUCUCUCUCCACUAAUUUCUGGUCGCCUCUCCAAAUGAUUUUAAAAAUAUUGGAAUAAGGGAUCCAUUUGCUUCAAUGUAACUAUGGUCACCUUAUUCAACCAAAUGUACCCACAUUUAAAUAUUUAAAAAAAAUUUGAACACAAGGUACAACUUUAGUAUAUUUCAGGCAUUAAUAUGAAUGGACAUUAUAUUAUGUCUUUAAAAAAUGUAUCUUUAUGAUAAUAUUUUACAUUUUAACUCACUUAUCAGUUUGACAAUGACUAUGUGGAGUUCAAGACACAGAUAGAGAAUUUACGCAGUUCCAUACAGGCCUUUAUGGACUCUUGGUUUGCUCGAUCACUCAGUGUAUGUAAACAUCUAUCAUUGUUGUUUGCCCUACUUCUGGUGAAUUAUAUAUCUAUUUAUUUUCCUUUUCUUACCCAAGGAUUAUAGCCCUUUGCACACAUCAUUACUUAUGAUUCAUCAACUUUGGUCAUGUUCAUUUUUCAACCUUACUCUUUGUUAAUGCUACUAAUCAGAUGCUGAUCUGCAUUACAUCAUUGUUUAUUUAUAUAGAAAGGAAGAGAUUAUAAAUAUAUUUUAAAUUAUAAUUCUCAUAAAAAUUAGCAUUUUCUUUUCUUCAUAGACUGAGAAGGCAUUGGAGUUGUUGGAUAAAUUUGAAGCUAUAAAUGCUGCACAAUUAGAUCUGACAGAAAAGUACAUGCGGGUGAUGACAGUCUACGGACGUGACCUUGAAUCCAUUCGUAAAGUGUAUCAGAAGCACAAGAGUGAUCCACAAAUUCCAAGAAACCUUCCAUCCAUUGCAGGAAAGAUUGCUUGGGCUCGACAGCUCUACAGGAAGAUAGAGGCACCCAUGAAGAUCUUCAAAAACAAACCUGAGAUUUUAAAGGUAGCUCAGAAAUUUAUGGAUAUUUAGUAAAAAAGUUUUUUACUGCGGUUCUUAAUUUUCGCAUUGAUAAUUAAUGAGAUUGUAAAGCUUUAACUAUCAUGAUUGCAGGGUUUCUUAAUGAGAACAAUGCCUCCACUUUGUAGAUGAAUAAAACUAUCAAAAGGCGUGAAAAUAAAAAAAUUAAAAAACCCUUAUAAUUUCCUUACCAGAGAAUUCCCUGCUCUAAUAAAACUUUAGUAUGGGAAAUGCAAAAUGAAUGGAAAGAGCCAAGAAACCAUUGAAGUCUUUUAUUGAAAAAGAUUGAGAAAUGUGUUACUCUUUUAAGUUUUGAGCUUAAAUCUUAAAACAGGGAAAGCCUAAAAACAAAAUCCAUUUUGAACUUAACCGAAUUAUCAGUAGUCAAGUCCUAUGAAUUAUGUGUUUGUUGACCAUACAUGUAAACUAUUGAUACCAAAAAACCAUACACAAAACACAUCAAAUAUCAAUGUUUUAUCUAGCUAUUCAAUAAGGAAAUGGACUUUCUUAAGUCGAGUUGUUCUUCUUUUCUCCAUCAGCAUCCAGAGUCAAAGAAAAUUAUCAGAAACUUUAACAAGAUGGCAGGUGUACUUAUGGAAUAUGAGGUACCGGUAACAUAAUGCAUUAUAAGUUUUGUGGAUUAACUUUAAGAAAGAGGAAUGGAAGUACUGUUGUUUUUGUUCAUUAUUUCACACAUACUACUUUAUUACUAUUAUUAUUAUUUGUCCUUUGCACGUGGAGAUGACAAAGGCAAUUAUUUUUAUUGCGUAGUUGCCUUGACUUGAGCUGUAUCUUGUUUUUGAAGUGAGGGAGAGUUGGUCCAUUGGGCAGCCUCACCCUCUCGUCCUUGCCUAUUUGAUCCAAUGGAAAGACGAUGUCCGGCUUGGUUCAUGUGUGUUUCGCUGUGCUCUUUGUGCGUUCCACAUCGCAGGAAUUUUCAGAAUUCUCACUUUGUCAAUAUCAUUCAGCCUGUGGGUUUGAUUUCAAAAUCUGUCUUCUCUCCUUCUCUUAGAGGUGUCACAAACCAGGGUUAUCAAGCUCCAUCCAACGAGAUGGGGCUCUGAGUUAUUUUUUGCUUGUCUAGACUUUUGCUGGGGAUUGAACUCCAGUCCACAAGCUUGAAAUUGACCCAGUACCCUUAAUUACUAAUAUAAUUAUUAUUAAUGUUUCCUUAAUGUUUGCACUUGUUCUUGUGAUGCGAAAAAGUGAGCUUCCACACUUGGGCUUUUUUUGGUUAGAGGAGCAUGUCCUAAGUUUUUGCAUUUUUUAUGGAAAAAAAUGGGUUUCCUUGAUGCCUGGGCUUUUCUUAUGUAAUAUUAAUAAAAUAUACUAUUAAAAGCAGAAUACUUUUCACGGGAAAGUUUAAAUAAUGUGAUGCAAAAGAUGCUAUCACAUGACUAGCAGUACUGAAAUCUAAUGAAUCUAUUAUCUUCUGAGAGAAGGUAAAUCAAUACACUCAUAUUAUUUAUGAUUACAGAUGCUGUACCACAGAGGGUGGUAUAGAGCAGUGGAAGCUGCCAAAUCUGGAUUGCAUGCCUCACUUCUGGUCAAACACCCAGAAACUGGAGAACUCUUUGUCAACUUUGACAUUCAGAUAAUGGAACUGAUCCAAGAGGCUAAGUGGCUCCAGGUAGACCUUAAGUUAAUUUGGUUGGAUAUCAUAUCUUGUUAAACACAAUAACUUAUUGCAGCUUCUUAUUGAUUCUCAAGAAAUUCUUUUACAUUAAAGGCCAUCCAUGUAUGAAGUCACCCAAUUUUGUCUAAUUUUGGACCCCCUACUCCCCUCACUGCCGCGUUAGUCUCAAAAUUUAGACACCCUCAACUUGUCACACAUUUGCAAUAUCCCCCCCCCCACCCCUCGAUGCAUGAGGUCACUUAAGAUGACACCUUAAAAACCAAUAAAGAUUUUAUUUAUGAGUCUUAAAAAAAUUAAUUUUGAUUGGUUAAAAUAAAAAAUUUUAAAUAUCAAUUUUGUAUAAUAACUUCUCGGCACCAACAAAUGUAAAGUUCAGCUAGUGUGUGAUGUAUUUUGUGUCAUUGAAAGUUAUUUAUUAACGAUAUCUUUAAAGGGAUUCUUGUAUAGAAUUUGUGGUUUUAUUUAUCUAGAUCAUGAACCUAGAUGUUCCUGAUGCUGCUAAAGAGCUGAUUGUCAAAGAAGAGAGCAUGAAACAAAACCAUGUUGCGUAAGUUUUCUAUUGAUGCUAUUUUACUUACCAGUAGAUUUGAUAAUUAAUAGCAAAAUCUACUAUUUCACAACUAUUUUAGAGAGAGAUAAAUAGCAGGGAUGCAGUUAAGGAAUAAUCACAAAAGAAAGACUAGAGUUGUAAAAAAAAAUUAUUAAUAAACUAUUAGAACCAUUGUCAUUGUAGACAUUUGAAAUUUCCCAAUGUUCUGCCGGCUCAUUUUUUCUCAGCCAUGUUGUCAAUGUGACAUUUUUAUCGCAGCUUAACAGAGAUGUUAGUAGAGUACCACCGCAUAUUACAGGCCAUUCCGACAGUGUUACUACCUUUGAUGAAACCCUUUAAGAAACGAGUUGAAGAAACUCUUAACCCAGGCAUCAGCUCCCUGACAUGGACAUCCCUAAAUGUGGACACUUGUAAGCUAAUAAAAUUCUAUUUAAAUAAAUACAUGAUUUGUUUGCUGGGUUACCUGAAGGCUGUAUUUGUUUUACUUCUUUAUUACAGCAUUUAUGCGUUGUUCCAUGUUUUCAAUACAAUGGCAACUUGACCAAGUUAUUUUUUACUUUGCUUUAGAGGCUUGUCUGAAGAAGUGGUUUGAACCCACCCCAGACAGUGAACAUACAUAUAUGUAUGUGUAAUCCAGUCACCCAAUAAAUUAAAAUCACAAUUUUUAUAGUUUAGUAGGGGGGUUUCCUAUAGCAUUUUUCAUAUGAAUUUAUGUAAAAAAUUUCUAACAUCUAAUCUGACUUCACUGUGCUUUUAACUUCACCAAGCUGUUUUCUUUUAGUUAGCAUUCAAAGCAAACACAAAUGAUGUAUUAUCUCACUACAGACAUAAAUGGCAUCUAUGCUUCAAUGAAAGAGCUGGACAAAUUAUCAAAGACACUACAAGACAUCCUUGACUGCAGAAUUGAGGCUGUGCUAGAUGAUAUGUCGGUGACAGCACUCUGUGAUCUUCCUGAAGAUGAACCAGUCACUGCUGACAAGUUCCUGCAACUGACCACUGACAUUGUGGCUUCUGCUUCAGAGUCUUUAGCUACGUAAGUCUGCAAUUUAUUUAGUCUACCAAUAGAUAAAUUAAUAUUCUACAAAACAUGUAGAUGUACUGAACAGUUGGUUAAGAUUUUAUAUUUAUAAUCAAAUCUAUAAAUAGUACAAUCCUGGUCAACAAAGCAAGAUAAAAAUUUAUUAAGUUGUAGGAGAGUUUUUUUAUAUUUAGGACUUUAACUUUUAUUCAUUUAUGUACACUUUAUUUUAAUACUAAGUUAUAUUAAUAUGAAUUUUAACUCUUUUCUUUCAAAACUAUACAUUUUGAAAAUUUAUUAUGAUGCAAUGUCUCUUUUUUUUUUUACAGUCAAAGCCAGCUGGCAGAGAAGGCAGUCAAUGAGCUCGUGGACACUCUGCGGUCGAGGCUAACCCCUGAAGAGCGUGUUGGGAUUUCUGCUGAAGAAGGUUAUGCCUGUGCGCACCCAGACACAAAAAACAAGAAGACUAGAUGCCAAGAAUGCCAGCCUUGCUGUUACUACAGUCUGCUAAACUACUUCACUCAAAGAAACACAGAGGCUUUGGUCAAAUGUGAGUGUAGAAUAUUUUAUCAAUACCGAAGACUUAAUUUAACCAUUUGUUCCACAUCAUUAAUUUUGUUUAGAGAUCACAAUUUUAUCUUUGAGAAUUGAUGGGAAAUGAAAAACAUAUGAUUUCUAAUUGGAUCAUUGUGAGUCCACAUUUUGAUUAGUUUUGAGUGUGAGGGAGGGAAUCAUAUCUUCAAGGCAUAAAUAGGUCUAGAUAUAGCAGAGAUUUCCAAGUAAGUUUCUAAACCUGAUACAUAUCCCACAUAACUCUUAACCAGGUUAAUCACAAGAUAACAAUUAUUACAGGUUUUUAAAAAAAAGGCAAUUUUCUUCUGUUUACUAAACCUGAUACAUAUCCCACAUAACUCUUAACCAGGUUAAUCACAAGAUAACAAUUAUUACAGGUUUUUAAAAAAAAAGGCAAUUUUCUUCUGUUUACUUAUCACUUAAUUCUUUUUAGCAAUAAUCUGCGUGUGAUAUUAUGCUGUUGUUAUGAACAAAGCUGCUUUAAGCGUAAUAAAAAAAAAUAGAAAUUCUACAUUUUUUUAAAAAUAAUAUGAAUUUAUUUUUUUUGUUUCAAUCUUAAAUAUUUCAAAAGAAAACACUUAAAAAUUAUACAUGUCUAUAAUCAUCAGGCACUCGGCUGACAUUAGAUGCCAUCAAACGCCGCCUGCAGUCUAACCGCUACAUCAUUGGGGAUGAGUACAGAGAAGAGCUCAAGCCACCAUUGUUUAAGGUGGAUGUUGUUUUGGAGAUUCCAAAUGUGAUGAUAAGACCAAAUCUGGAUGAUCUACAGCAUGCACUCUCCAAAGGUGUUCAAAUCAUACUUAAGGCUUCAGAGACGAUGAAUAUUUGGGAACAUCAGAUUCUUCAUCAGAGACAGCUACAGAAGGUAAUGAUUUUGGUUAUUUAACUAUUUAAAUCUGUUUAAAAAUUGUUUAAAGUAAAUUCUUAUGAAGAUAUUUUUUAUCUUGUAGUUAACCCCAUUUUUAUUAGUCUUUAACCUUUCACCAUGUCCAGCUAAAAUCCAAUACAUAACAUAGGCAGGUAAGCCUUAAUUCUUUUUUAAUACUUGACUUCUAUUUACAUUAGGAGUUGGAGCUUCUUGCUCAAGAGGAGAAAGAUGAAGGUGCUAAAAUCAUGCCAGCUUCCACCCAGGCUAAACCACUCCAUAAGGUAUAUUGACUUGGUUUUUAUUACAAUUUUGGUCUAAAAAAUUUAUUGACUUAUGCUAUUUGGGGGUGUUAAACAAUUCACCUACUCAAAUGCCAGGUACCGUGUUCUUAUUUUAUAUCUAAGGCUAAAUCAUUGUUGUCAUAAAGUUAUAACUGUUAUCCUUUUAAGUUGAAACUUGUUUAAAAUGAAAACUUGGUAACAUUAUUUUUUGUCAUUUAGGAACUUUGAUUGUAUUUGAGAAAAGCUGAUUGGAUAAGGGAUUACUUAGUCAUGAAUGAAUCCAUCCACCCAUUGACUAAACUCUCAUUUUAUUUCUACAUCAGGUCAUAAGUGAGCACAAAGAUAUUGUGAAAAUUGUCAUACAGCUCAACUCUAUUAUAAGUACCUUCAAGGGAGAUGUACAAGAAUCAUUGGAAAACUUUACUGGAUACUCAGAGUUGUGGAUACAGGUGACAUUAUCCUUUCAUUGGAGCAUUUAUUAACAUUUCUAUGUUCCCCCUUUGAUUGCAAUUUUUAGUACAGGUUACAGUAAUCAUAGGUUUCUUCUCAACACUCAUCAAAUUUUAGGAUUUUAAAUAUAAAAUGUCAUUCCCAUUGAUUUCUCAAAUUAAUAACUAAAUGCAAUUUAUAAUUGUUCCUUUCAGGAGGUAGAAGUUAAAGUGAAGCAGUUUAUGAGCAAUAAUCCAAUUAUGUCAGAGAUAGAGGCUCAAAUUCGAUACUAUCAGGUUUGUGCUAACAUUUAGAAUUAUAAUGAGUAAUUUUCAAUUAAGCUUUGAUUGAUAUUGACAUGGUUCCAAAAUAAAUAAAUAAACUUAAAAAAAAAACAUGUUUUAGUCUGAUUUUUAUAAUUCAAGUUUCACAAAAGACAAAUAAAUUAAGCCCAGUUUUUUAAAAUAUUAAAAAAAAAACAAAACAAAAACUUAGUAUUUAAUUUUGAAAAAAAAUUUCAAAUUUUUUUGUCAAUUAGAAUUUGGAGAUGAGCAUUGAAGAAAUAGUUCCUUCCUUCAGAGUGGGUUCAGUUAUAUUUAUCACAGAACAGCUGAAAAUGGCAUUAAUUACUGAGACCAGAAACUGGAAAAUGUCAUAUGCCAAGGCCCUAAAUGAAAAGUGUGGCAGAGAGAUGGACUCAAUGACUGAAUUUAUUGACAGUCUGAUGAAACGCUUAUCUCGGCCAAUCAAAGAUCUGGAUGAUGUACGUGCUGCCAUGGCAGGGCUGAAUGAGAUAAGAGAAAAUGAAAUACGUAUUGAUAUGACAAUCACUCCAAUAGAGGAGACGUAUGCAUUACUACACAAAUACAACAUAUCUUUUAAUGAUGGCAAUGCCGAGAGGGUGGAUACACUGUCAUAUGGAUGGAAAAAACUCACCACACAGGUAAGAGGAAAUAUUGUGUUUUUAUUUAUUUAUUAAAUAAAUCUCAAAUAAAAUAAAUAACUGUUGUCAAUGACUAAAAAAAUAUAUAUUCAUCUCAUUAUAUAAAGUUUUAAAUUAUUGGUGAUUAAAUUUCUGAAUAUUUGUUUGAGACAGUUUUGAUAUAAAAUGGGGAAGGUUCCAGGAUAGUAGGGCAUAAUAAUAGUUUUUGUAUUGAUGUUUGCUAAAAGUGCAUCUUGUAAAAUAAAGAAAUUUGAAAAGAAACGCUAAGAAAUUACAGUUUAAUAAUGUAAAACAUUUACUAUACAAAGCAAAUUGGCUAAUAAUUAUUUGUUAUAAAACUUCUGCAUGGAAUUUGUAACCCAGUCUCCUUGUGGUGAUUCUAAAUCAUAACUGUGUGCCGUGACUAUUAACAUUUCUGAUGAAGAUCAACUUUAGAUGUUCCAUGCUUUUAUCUCAUCCACUGAAUGUUCAAAGCUUGGUUAUUCUAUGACAUUACUUUGAAACCAAGGGUAAUGCUGAUGAUCAGUUGGCAUAGAAUCAGUUGAUUAGUGUUUUAGUUUGUUUGAAAUGUGACUUUUAUAGUAUAGCUUCACUUACCCUCAGCUGCUUUACAUUGCAAUUAAUGUUAUAGAGGAUUCAUGUAAUUCCUUAACUUUUUAGCAAAAAUUGAGAAAAUUUAGCAUAAAGAGAAUCUGAAAAAGAGGAAUUUAAAAAAAAAGAAUUCAAUAUAUUUGAAUAUUUAUAAAAAUCAUUUGAACGCACUCAAUUUUCAAAUAUUCAGUAUAGUUUUUAACAUAUUAAAUGUAAAGUCAAAUUUAGCAUUGCCCUUGAAAAUAUCACAAUAUUUCACUAGGUGAUAUUUGACUUGGAUCAUGAAUUAAGGUAACUUUACCCAAAUGGGUAAUUUCAGCUUCAUGUUUAUUUAAAUAUUUUAUUGAUCAUUAUUAUGUUUUAUAUUUUUAGGAAUAAGUCAGCUAGUAGCCUUUGUAGAGGGGCAUUAGAAAGCUUUAGAUUUUAAUCUUUUUUUUUUUUUUUUUUUUUUUUUUUUUUUUUUUUUUUUUUUUUUUUUUUUUUUUUUUUUUUUAAUUUUUUUUUUUUUAUUUUUUUUUUUUUUUUUUUUUUUUUUUUUUUUUUUUUUUUUUUUUUUUUUUUUUUUUUUGUUGUUGCUUUGAGUAAAAGAUUUAUUUGCUAAAUAUUCAGCACACAGUUUAAUAAACAUGAAAUCUUCCAAAUGAGAUAUACAGCUUGCCAAUAAAAAACAACAAAAAAACAAAUAACUUUCCAACAGAUAGGAUAAAAAUAUCCAGCUCUAAAUAACAUUACUGACUAUAAUUUAUGGAUUAUUUUGCUAUGUGUUACAAAUAAAAACAUUUAAAAAAAAAAAAAGUUUAGAGCAUCUAAAAAGCAUAUUUAUCUGCAGGUGGGCCAAACAAGAAGAUAACCUAAAAAAGGUUGAAUCAAAGUUUCCAAAAAUUAAAUAUUGUUAUUUUGAAGAAAAAAAAUUUGAACCUCCCUUAUAUAAUAAAUAAACAUUUGUUUUCAGACAUACUCUGAUAAUUUUUUCUGUGCCUACAAUACUGCUUUACAAAUCUGAAAUUCUAUGUUUAUAAAUAACUACAUUUAAUUGUAUCUUUUCAGGGAAGUAAUAUAAAAUCUACUUCUUCAUUUUAAAUAAUUUCCUUACAUUAAUAUAAAAUCUACUUCUUCAUUUUAAAUAAUUUCCUUACAUUAAGGUCUACACCUAUUAACAAAACUUGAGUUACUAAAACUCUCAUAGUCACCCAUUUAAAAAAGCACACUUUCCUUUUAAUGCAUAUAUUUUUUAAACUUUAAAAUAACAGACAUAAGAAUUUAUAAAAUUAUUGAAGAAAUGACUUUUAUGAAGGGCCCUUUUGCUUUUUUAAAAAAAUCUGCUGUGAUUUGUUCAAGUUCUUUAUAAAAUUGUCAGCUGUGAUUUCAUGUUCUUGCUUAUUAUUCAAAAAUUAGAUGACAUUAUGUAGUCAUUAUUUCAAUAUAAGAAUUGAAAAAAUAUAUUUAUGAAAUGGUUAAAAUAUACUUAAGAAAAAUUUUGUCUUGCAUCAUGCAGCAAUCAUAAAAUACUAUUUUUUAAAAUUAUCAGUUUUAUUUCCUUACACAUUUUUUAUGUAUUGCUAACACAAAGAAUUGCUUGAAUUAAUUUUUGAAAUGCACUGAAAUGCUUUUCUACUUCUUCUUCAAUUUAAUGCAACAAUUCAUUCCUUAUUUUUAAAAAUCAAAAAAACUAAUUUAAUUUAUAAUUUAACAGGAAAAUCGUAUUUACUGAACUCAAAUGUUAAAAACAUUUCAUUAAAGUUCAUGUGGUAUUGUGUGAUUUACAGAUUGACUAUGUUUUAUAAAUAACAAUAUUUACAUAUUAUUAUUGUCUCAGCUUAUAAAAUGUAUACAAUGAAUUAAGCAUUUAUUUUUAUUAUAAAUCCAGUUUGUUCUCAACAUUAUUAAUAGUUUCAUGAUCUUCCGUGAAAAAUAGUUUUACAUUUUUAUAAAAAUAAUUGUUUCAGGCCACCACAAUGCAAGAACAUCUUCUUCAGAUUCAGCCAACUUUCAAGGCUGAUCUGCUGGCAGGAGUUGAGCAGUUUGUUCAGGCCAACAAUGAGUUUGCAGCUUCUUAUGACACUUCGUAAGUUGAUGAAUUAUUGUUUUGUUAUUGAUUUAAACAAGACCAUGCAGGAUCAUGAACUAGAUAUUUUGUAUGUCAUUUCUUGGAUUGCAAAUAGAUUUGUGGGUUUUUUAUUUUGCACUGCAAUUAAUUUUUUUUUUCAAAUAAUGAAUAUAUAUACAUAUUUUGUAUGUGGGAGUCAGUUUAGAAAAAUGAAAAUAACUGUAUUUAUUGGCGUAUAAAACGCACUUUUUCUCCCUGAAAUUAUGGGGCAAAUGAUGUGUGAGUGUUAUACGCCGAUCAAUGUUCCCUCUAGGGUUUGUUGGUUCGUGUGCAAAAUCUUACAGUUGUGUGCAAAGUUUUACAGCUUCAAUUUUUUUGUGCGCAAAAUUUCACUGCCCAUUCACUUGCAUGGAAAUUUGCUGCGCGGUACUCAAAACUGCUGCGCAGAGUCUGUGAGAUAGCUGCGCGGCGGCGCAGCUUAAAAGGAACAUUGACACCGAUAUAAUGUUAAGUUUUUUUUUCCUGAAAUUUCCCUCUUAAAAUGAGGUGCUUGUUAUAUGCCGGUGCGUGUUAUACGCCGAUAAAAACAGUAGUUACUUAAAUAAGGUCUGAAUUUUUCUAUCUUAAAUAAAAGUCUCAUUAUUGCUGUCCUAAAAGUCUGAUAGCCGUUGAAUAUAGACCCUUUAACAAUAGCUGUUGAAUAUAGACCCUUUAACAAUAGCUGUUGAAUAUAGACCCUUUAACAAUAGCUGUUGAAUAUAGACCCUUUAACAAUAGCUGUUGAAUAUAGACCCUUUAACAAUAGCCAUUGAAUAUAGACCAUUUAACAAUAGCUGUUGAAUAUAGACCCUUUAACAAUAGCUGUUGAAUAUAGACCCUUUAACAAUAGCUGUUGAAUAUAGACCCUUUAACAAUAGCUGUUGAAUAUAGACAUUUAAACAGAAAUCACAUUAAACCAAAAACCAUAUCAAUGUAUUCAUGUCAUGUAUUUAAUCUUUCAGUGGGCCAAUGGUAGAUGGCAUUCCCCCAAGAGAGGCAUCAGAUAGACUCACCAUCUAUCAGGCCAAGUUUGAUGAGCUUUGGCGUAAGUACACAACAUAUUCUGGGGGUGAGGAGCUGUUUGGCCUUCCAGUCACAGACUAUCCUGACCUGAUGCGUAUUAAGAAAGAGCUGAACUUGCUCCAGAAACUCUACCAACUUUACAAUGCUGUGCUAGAGAAUGUCAAUGGCUAUUAUGACAUCCCAUGGUCUGAUAUCAAUAUUGAAAAGAUCAACUCUGAGCUGCUGGAUUUUCAGAACAGGUAACAGAAAUCAUUUUAUUAUUUCUUGAUUUACGUUGUGCUCUAGUACCAGCUGAGCAAGAAACUAUCAAACAAUACUGCAUUUUACAAGAUUUCAUAAUGACAUUAUUGUCUCUUAAUGUUUCAGUAAAAUGAUAUUCAAAUACUUUGUGCAAGAAAGUGGAAGUAAUCAUAAUUGAAAAAUGUUUUGAUAUUACUUAGAGUUGUGAUGACCACUCAAGCUUAAAGUUCUAUAUAUCGAAGAAAAAUUUUGUUUUUGAUUUGCAAUUUUUAGUUUCUUAUUUGGUAAUUAUCCAUUAAAUUCUUGAUGAUCAUUUUCUAGCUCAAAUAACUAAACAAAUUUAAAAUGAGAAAUUAAACACUAGUUCAUUUGACAAAUUUCUUAUCAGGCAUGGUCAUUUGAAAGUUUAUUUUAUUUUGAUUUUGAAAGGUGCCGCAAGCUUCCCAAAGCUCUGAAAGAAUGGCAGGCAUAUGAAGAUCUUCGUAAAACAAUUGAUGACUUUAAUGAGACAUGCCCUCUGUUAGAAAUGAUGUCCAAUAAGGCAAUGCAACAGCGGCAUUGGGAGAGAAUAGCUCAGAUCACCGGCCAUUCAUUUGAUGUGGAGUCUGAGAGCUUCCUGCUCCGAAAUCUGAUGGAAGCUCCGCUUCUGAAAUACAAAGAGGAUAUUGAGGUAAAUAUGAGAUCCUUUAUUUCUGCAUAAUGUUUCUCUAACAUAUUUGCAUUUAGCAUCUUUGUAUUAAAAGACCUAAUAAUUUUUAAUAAAUUUUCUUACAUUGUAAUUAUCAGAUUAUAAAUAGUACCAUUUUCAGGAGAGGAAAAACAAACUUUUUAGUUAAUAAAUAAAUAAAUUUUGUGUGUCCAUUUUGCAUCUAUGGCUUUCUUGCAUACAGUUUGAGGUACACAUUUUUAUAAGGUUUCAAUAAAAUGUCUUAAGUCUGGGGGCAGAGACUUGCAGAUUCAGGAAAUGCUGGCAAUACAUGUCAAUUGACAGAUCUUGUUGUUGUCCUCAGGAUAUUUGCAUAUCAGCUGUUAAAGAGAAGGACAUAGAGGCUAAGCUGAAGCAAGUCAUCAAUGACUGGAGCGCUCAGUCAUUCCAAUUUGGUAACUUCAAAGCUAGAGGAGAACUUCUGCUCAAAGGUGUGUUGGAUCAUGUUUCUGGUCGUAGGAAGUACAAUAGAGCAUUUAAUGCUAAUUAUUCCAAACAUUGGUUUACAUAACUGCGCCUGUCUUCUUUUUAUUCUUAUCAUUAUUAUUAUAUACAAUAAUGACCGUGGCAUGUAGCAUUUUCUGGAUAACAAUUUGUACUCCUCCCACAAUCCAGGUAAAAUUUCAAUACCUGUUUUACAUGCAGUGACUAGACUGGGAUAAUAGGAUCUACAAACUUAUUAAUAAUAAAUGUCACAGAAUACACCGCCUGCAAAACAGUGGGACCUUGGAUUGUAUUCUAAGCUGCAGUCAUCUAUUUUUGGAAAGAACAUCUUUUUGCACACACAAAAAAUCCACUCCUCACCAGUUUUUGAUAUCAAUGAGCUCACCCCUCCAAGUACACCAUUGAUUAUUACUAUACAUAAUGCACUCUACCAUAAAGCACUAUACGCCAUAAGAGUAUACAUUUAGAAUACAUUGUAUUCUAUGCACUAACUUUGAUAACCCCCUCAUUUCCAUGGGAGAGUUCGUAUCUGAAAAAUGUGCUAUUAGAAACACACCCGUCUCAAUUUGUUUGGAAAAUUGAUGCUCUAAUGUGUAUAAAUUACUUUAAAAUUGUUUUGGCAAUUAACAUCUUACUUUAUCAGCUAACAGUUUUGUUUUAAAAAGUAAUUUGAAAUUGAAACUACUAAUAUAAUUAUUGUUAUAUAAAUUAUGUAUAUUUAAGAAAACAAUUUUCCUGCUCUCAGGAACUUAUCAAUUAAAUGGUAAUAAAUAAUACUAAUUGAAAUAUUUUAUUUUGUCUAGCACAUGUUAAUUUUUUUUGCUUUUAAGAGUAUACUGUAAAGCUGUGUCUUGAAAAAUGUGUUGUAUUUCUUUUGAUAGGUGAUGCUACUUCUGAGACAGUGGCAUUGAUGGAAGACAGCUUGAUGGUCUUGGGAGCACUUCUCAGUAACAGGUUAGUUAACAAUUAAUUGGACAGUAUAACAUUAUUAUGAUAGUUUUAAUAAAACAAUAACAAGUAAAGAAACCUUUUAGUGAUCUAAGUUGUGAUCUAAGUUUUGUAAAAAGUAGAAAAAAUCAAAGCUAACAACUGUGGUCAAUGUCUGUAACAAAUCAAAGAAUAUGAUAUAACAAUUGUCAACUGUUCACUGCAAGAAUUUCUUGCAAAGAAGUGUGUGACAGUAAUCAUGUGUUCUGACUGAACUUAGUGGUCAACAAAUGACCUGAUUGUCCUGUGUUGUUGUCAUGUUGACUGAAUGGACUUGGUGAGUUGUUUUCAUGAGUGUCUAAGCUUAAAUGUGUGAAUAUUGGAUUGAUAACUGGAGUGGGUGGUCAUGUGAUGUGGUGUAUGAAAAGACUGGAAGAUGAGUAUAAUACAGUCAGUUAUGACACAGGCCACAGCCUUGUGUGUUCAUAUUUAUUACACUUUUAAAAACUGAUGCUUUUUAAAAGAAAAUAAGUAAUUAGCUAGUUAUAUAAUUAUCAAUAUAUACAAAGGUAGACAGAUUUGAAAAAAAAUAAAAAUAACACUGAACUAUUAAAAGAUUUAUGAGACAUUUGUACAUGAAGGCCUGUAGAAGGGUAAUGGCAGAGUACAUAUGUUAAUUAAUCCAACAAACACCCAUCUAUCAAAUUAUGUCAACAACACUAAGGUGGUAUCAUUUUUUAUUAUUCAUUAGUAAACUGUGUUUCAAUCCAGGUACAAUGCUCCAUUCAAACCCAAAAUUCAAGAAUGGGUCCAGAAGUUGACAGGUACAACAGAAAUUAUUGAGAACUGGCUGAUUGUACAAAAUUUAUGGAUCUACCUAGAGGCUGUUUUUGUUGGAGGUGAUAUUGCAAAACAGCUGCCCCAGGUCAGUUGUAAAACUGUUUUGGUAAUUUAGCUUAAAAAAAUGUAUUAAUCACGGCUAUUUUAUUUGAUGAGGGUCUCUUGUAACUUUUACUUGCAUUCAAGAUAUUAUAUAUGAAUAUCAAUAUUGUAAUUAUUAAAAAAUGUAAAAACUAUGAAAAUAUUUGUGUUUAAAUUUAAUUGAAAAAAACAUUAUUUGUUUAAUAGGUUAAUAAUUACAAAAUUAACAAGCAGUUUUUAACAAUUUCUUAACUUGAAUAAAUACAGCAUUUAUUUUCUUAAUUUAAAGAGCUAAAUCUCAUUUAAUUCAGUGCUUCAUUUAGUCUUAAUUCAACUAGUAAAAAUUUGUUUCAAUAAGCUAAGAAUUAAAUAGGAUAAUUUGAAUGCAAAAGCUAACAGCUAAUUAGAAACUAAUUUAGCAACUACUCUACUUGAUUAAUUUACUACUAAGGCAUAACUGGGGGGGGGGGGGGGGGGGGGGGGGGGGGGGGGGAGAGGGGGCAAUUUUUUUUACAUUGGGUCUGAGUAAUUUGAGAAAAUACCCAGUGGGUGCAAGUCUUACAAAAAAAGAGUUAAUUUCUCAUUUUCCAUAAUAUAUGUCGGCCCAUAAGCAAUAGGCAUGCAAAUAGUCCUACACCGUAAUUGCCAGACUUUAAACAAUAGGCCUACAGACAGUCCUACAGACAGUUCUAUAAAUAGUCCUACAGACAGUCCUUACUACAAACCCAUUGCUCUUUGAUUAAUAUAAUAGUUGCCUCCGAAAAAAUUAAUCUUUUUUUUACCUUGGUUCAACCAUCAUGCAUGAUGCUUGCUGCUUGAGAGCUUUUUUGUGUUUUCACUAUGAAACAAGGGGGCCGGUUGUGAAAAGCAAGCACCACUCUAGAAGCAAAAUGUAUACUAGAGAUUCUGUCAAGUUAAAAAGUUACAUUUUUGUAAUAAUUGUUUUAAGUUGUUAUGCAUUUUUAAAAAUGUAAUCUUUAUAACUGUUGCUUUGAUCAAUGAUAAAAGCCAUGGUAUAGGGUAAGUGAUUAAACAGCAUUCCAUGUUCAGUACUCUGUUUUAUCUCACAGGUAAACACAAUGCCAUUUCCAUUUUUGGAUGCUCCUCAUGAAAAGAAAUUUCACAAUCACAGUUUCACUUGAAAAUAUUUUUCACAUUCACACUUUUAAUAUUGAUAUUCAACUGCUCUUAUCACAUUGAUGCAGUUUUAUAAGAUUCUUAACAAUGAUUAUGUUUUACAAUACGUCAUGGGUUUUUCAACAUAAUAACUGUUUUAAAGAUAAGCAGCAUCCAUAAAAUAGUUAUUUCCAUUUAGAUAGAUUGAUUUCAUAAAAUAUCCAAAUUACUUGAGUUAGAAUUUUAAUUUUAAAAGAAAUGUCCAUUGAUUUUUAUUCUUUUGUUUAAAUCUUGCAACACACUAAACUAUAAACCUUUUGAAUAAACACAUUUUUUUCAUGACACACUGGUUGAAAAUCACUGCUUUACAUUAGUAUGAAGCAUAAGUUAUGGCCUACGUCUUUCUUAAAUUAUUAUCAUCAUUUAAUCUUUUAAAAUAACAUAUCUUUAGUGAAAAUUAAAAAAAAAAAUCGAAAUACCUAUUGCCCAUCUCCUUUAUUAGUCUCCUUGCCAUAAAUGGACUACUUGUUUAAAUUUUUCAGGAAUCGGUGGUGUAGGAAGGGGGUUGCGGAAAGGGUGGUUUGCUCCGGACAGCUCUUUUUUUGUAAUAUGGAGGGGCGGCAGAGUUUUUUAUGGAAGGGUGAAGGGGGACAAUAAUCUUGGCCUGUCCCAGGUGGCACUAACCUUGGCUAUGCCACUGCAAGGAAUGGUGAACUAAAGUAACUUAACUUUGUCUCAGAAAAAUCACAUUUUGUGUUUGCAUAGGACUAAAAUUUCACUAUUUCUAAACAUGGGAUCAACUGAAAUCUGCUGUACUUUCACACUGAUGCAAAUUGUAUCAAUAGGUUUGUGAAAAUGUGCUAAUUACAAUGUAGUUAUCAUUUAUUUAUCAUGUUACUUUACAAUUCAUGCAUGGCAAUCAUUUUUCAUCAGGACUGAUGAGUCAGACCAUUUGGACCAGUCUCAGAAUCAGUCGGAGCUUAACAAAUUUCUGUGAUUUAAAACUAUUCCACAUAAUAUAUUUUCAGAAUAGGAGGAAAAAAACAAAAUGAACACAAAUAAAAAAUAGAUGGAAUGGUUUCAUAUGCAAGAGUUUGAGUUACAGGGCUAUAAGACUAGGCCUAUGUAAUUUUAAAAAUAACUUUUCCCCCAAAAUGUGAAAUGAAAAAAUUAAUGUAUUUAAGAAAAUCAUUAUAUUCAAUAAAUAAAAAUAUUCCAUAUGACACCACAUAAUAUUUUUUUGACCCAUUUUUUUGUAUAUAACAGUGAUAUAUUUAUUUUUGGCAUAAAAUUUCAGGAAGCUAAAAGGUUUAGCAACAUUGACAAAUCUUGGCAGAAAAUUAUGCAACGUGCCCAUGAGAAUUCCAAUGUUGUUGGCUGCUGUGUGGGCGAUGACACACUGGGCCAGUUACUGCCUCAUCUGCUUGAACAACUGGAGAUCUGCCAAAAGUCACUCACUGGCUACCUGGAGAAGAAGCGGCUGCUAUUCCCCAGAUUUUUCUUUGUGUCUGACCCUGCACUUUUAGAAAUUCUAGGUCAAGCCAGUGAUUCACACACAAUUCAGGUAUGAUUAUGGCAAAUGACACCAAUGGUGAAAGAUAAUUGAUAGAUAGGCAGUAGGCCAUGAAAGCUUGCUCUUACCUCUGAGUUUUUAUGGGCUGAGCCAAGAUGAUCUUUGGACAUGAGCAUUUAAAUUUUCUCAUUUAUAAGAGUUCUAAAUGCCAGAAGUAUCAACCAAAAAAGUUAUUUAUAAUCAGAAAGCCAUGAGAGCUGAAACAUUCAGAUUUUUUAAGAUAAUGAAUAACGAGCAUAUAAAAUGAUAGGCUGAAGAUAAAAAUGUGUUAGGAAAAUUUACUCAACCAAACUACUGCAAUUUCCAUUUAAUUAAAGAAAAGCCUGAGUGAUGAAAUUUAAAAUUAACUUACAUUAUUUUAUUAAAAAUUAACUCUUUUUAAAUACAUUUAAAAAAGGGUUUGUAAAACUUAUUUUGGGUCUUAAAAAAUGUGUAGUUUUAGAAGUAGGGCUGGACUAUGUUAGCUUAAAUUAAGGAUUACAAACUAGAUUGUAAUAUUUAGCUAGUGGACAAAAUAAUGUCCUAUUUCAUUUUUUUUUUUUCCUAAGAAUCACCUGUUGAGUGUUUUUGAUAACACUCGCCUUGUUACAUUUGAUGAGAAAGUCUAUGACAAAAUUCUGGCUAUCAACUCCCAGGAAGGGGAAAAAAUUGAUUUGAUAGAACCAGUUUUGGCUCAGGUAAGUGAAGGAUUACUCAAAAUUAUGCCAAUCAUAUAUUUCAUUUAGUUUAAACUUAAAUAUUAUUUUGCAUUUAAGAGAUUCCUUUCUUUGGUUUCAUUUAGAUAGAUGAUUGUAAAAUUAAGGAAUGUUAAAAGUCAUAUUAUUAUUAAUUCUUUGUCUCUAAUUUGCAAAGCUUCGCUGCAUUAUCUUUUGAAUGAGCUUUUUAAAUGUAUCUCUUUAACUAAUAAAAUGGGUAAUGUCCAUCUGCUUUAUUCUUUUUUCACAAUGUUUUUGAAAUGUCACAGGGCAAUGUUGAGCAAUGGCUUGGUGACUUAUUGAAAGGUUCACGCCGUGCAGUACAUGCAGCAAUCAAGAUGGCUGCCAUCUCCAUUCAAGAUUCUGGAUUCAAUCUCCUGGAAUUUGAGAACAAUUUUGCAUCUCAGGUAAGCCAGUAAAAAUGUAAUGAUCAGUUAAUUUUUUAAAUUACUAAAGGACAAACAGUUAAUGAAUGAGGAUGAUGACCUAAUGGAGGUUUGUCACAUGUACAAUUGUGCUUAAGUAAGAGAACCCACUACACUCUUAUCUCUACACCAUUCGGUAUAAAUAGCAAAACUAUUAUAUCAUUUAAUGUCUUCUAGAUUGGUCUUCUUGGGAUACAAAUGAUCUGGACCAGAGAUGCAGAGGAAGCACUGAACAAUGCCAGGACUGACAAGAAGGUCAUGGUCAACACCAACCAGAGGUUCCUGGACAUGCUGAAUCUUCUCAUUGAGCAAACAACCAAAGAUCUGACCAAGAUGGAGAGGACCAAAUAUGAGACUCUCAUCACCAUACAUGUGCACCAGAAGGACAUAUUUGAUGAUUUGGUAAUAAUUAUAAAAUAAAUUCAUUCAUUCAUGGCAAAAAUAAGUUCUUAAUAUGAGACUCUUAUCACCAUACAUGUGCACCAUAAGGCCUUAUGUUAUGAUUUGGUAAUUUUUAAUAAAUUCAUAAAUUAAUUUGUUCAUGGCAAAAAUUAGUUCAUAAAAUGACUCUCAUCCCCAUACAUUUGCACCAGAAGGACAUAUUUGAUGAUUUGGUAACUUUUAAUAAAUUCAUAAAUUCAUACAUUCAUGCAAAAAUUAUUUCAUAAAAAGACAACUCCAUCCUGCUGAUAAUGAAUGCACAUUCAAUGCAUUUAUUUAAAAUAUUUUUACCAAAAAGUUAUAGGUCCUAAAGUCCAUAGUAUCCACAAUACGUAUUUGGAGUAUUUUGUUAAAAUAAUGCAUUAUUUAAACAUAUUUUUUAAAAAAUAUAUAACUGUAGAAAUUUUAAUUAUCAUAUUUUAAAAACUUAUUCAUAUUUAGAAUGUUUAUUUUCUUCUGAAAAACCAUAAAUGGAAUUAAACCUACUAUUAUGCAGACUUUAAAAAAAAAGGAUUUAAAAAAAAAAUGGGUUUCUAUUUGUUAUAAAAAGAUUUUAAAACUAAAAAAAAAAUCAGGUCAAAGCAGGACAUGAAACAAAACAAAAAAACUUUUUAAUAAUGAAAUUUUAAAAUUUCCACCAGGUUCGUAUGCACAUCAAGUCAGUGAAUGAUUUUGAGUGGCUGAAACAGUCUCGGUUCUAUUAUAAGGAGGACAUUGACACCUGCAUUAUCUCUAUCACUGAUGUAGACUUCACCUACAUGAUGGAGUUCCUGGGUUGUACUGAUAGGCUUGUGAUUACUCCUCUGACUGACAGGUGAGUUUUACCUACCUGGUUGACAUGUUGAAUAUCUCACCUUAUUUCAUCUCUCGUUGAGAAUUCGGUCAUUAUUCUCCCGAUUGACAGUUAGCUAAAUCUCCAGCUUUUUCAUGUUAUCUCUGACUUACAUAUGUUUUUCAAGAGGAAAGUUUUUUGAGAGUAGAUUGAUCUGAUGUUAUUGAUUUACAUAUUUGAGAUUUAUAUAUUGUUUUUUUAAAAAUAAAAUUAAUGAAUGCACCCAAAUACAAAUAAUAGUAUAAUGUUUUUUUUUAGGGCUUUGUAUAAAAAAAAUUGGCAAAUGGAGAGACAUCUAUAGAUGUAUUUCAAUAAAAAUUAAUUCCACUUCAUAAUAAAUCAUUAAAAAAGUUGCAGAGAGCAAUGAAAUAGGAAUUUUUUUUACAUGGAAGUAAUUGUGAUAAUUUUGACUUAGGGUGAGCAUGGAACAAUUCAGGGGUCCUGAGAAUCGCAGAUUUAUAGUUCAGAUCUUAUAAUAACAAUCCUUGUGCAGGAAAGGGGAGCACAGUUGCAUAUUAUCUUCAUUUUCAUUAAAUUUCAUCAGAUGUUACAUCACUCUGGCCCAAGCAUUGGGCAUGGCACUUGGUGGUGCUCCUGCUGGCCCUGCCGGGACUGGUAAAACAGAAACCACAAAAGACAUGGGCAGAUGUCUCGGCAAGUAUGUCGUUGUCUUCAACUGUUCUGACCAGAUGGACUACAGAGGUCUGGGAAGAAUUUACAAAGGUAAUAAUUCAUUGUAGCUCUUAACAAUGGAUAGUAAUAUUGAAAAUUGGGUCAAAUGUGUACUAUAACAAAAUCAAGUAAUGCAUUAGAGUUUAAAUACAAAAUCAAAUAUUUAGAAAUUCUCCACGUAUUAAAAAUAUUCAUUAAUUUUUAAAAAACAUUAAUAUUUCAAAGUUAAUGAAUUGGUACGUUUUAGUAAUGAAUCAUUUUAACAAAUUUAAGCUGGUCAAUCAUUAUUGUUUAUCGUAUGAUUCUCCAUUAUCUAAAAGGUAUGAAUUCCAAAUUGUUUAGUAGGCAUGAUUACCAUAUUUUCCCUCGUCUUAGCAUAAACGUUUUCAAAAGUUUGAGUGUUAGUGUCUUUUACUGUUUUUGUCCUUCAGUUUAUUUGCGCCGCACAUUUUUUUCCUUCACUUUUUUUUCGCCCCCCCCCCCCCCCCCCCCCAAUCCAAAAUGCCAAAAAAUCUUAAUAGGACUAAAAUCUACAUAUGUCUACCAGUGACUUCUGUGUUUCAGGUCUGGCCCAGUCUGGUUCCUGGGGUUGUUUUGAUGAGUUUAACCGUAUUGAACUCCCAGUGCUGUCUGUGGCUGCACAGCAGAUUGCCAUUGUAUUACAGUGUAAGAAAGAGAGGAAGGUCCAGUUCAUCUUCACUGAUGGUGAUACAGUUGACAUGGACCCUGAGUUUGGCUUGUUCUUAACAAUGGUAGUAUAUUUUGUACACGUUAAAUUCAAAUAUAGUUAAAAUAGCAAAUUUUACAUUUUAAUGAACACCUGAGUUGUCAGAUAAUUUGAGGUAAUUAUUUAGAAUAUAUUAUAUGACAUUAAUAUGUUUCCUUUAAAAGCAUUGAAAAGAGGAUUUUAAUGAGCAUAAUUUUUUUCCACACAUCAAACAACUAAAGUUUUGCUGACCUAUUACAUAUUUCACAAUGACAGAUCGCAUAUAUUUGCAUUUUGUUUUUAACUUUUAUUUUUCACACCCUAGAAUCCUGGCUACGCCGGGCGUCAAGAGUUGCCAGAGAAUUUGAAAAUCAAUUUCCGAACUGUGGCCAUGAUGGUGCCUGACCGUGCCAUUAUCAUUCGAGUCAAACUGGCCAGUUGUGGUUUCUUACAAAACAUUGUCCUGGCCAAAAAGUUCUUUACCUUGUACAAACUUUGUGAGGAACAGCUGUCCAAGCAGGUCAUUUAUGUUUUUAUAUUGAUCAGUUUUAUUUUAUUGAAUUAAAAUAUUUUCCGAGUAUUGAUCCUAUCAACUAGAUUACUCACUUUAUAUUUUACAUAGUGGUUAUGGUACAAUGGCUUUGAGUCUAAAAAUAUUCUCAUUAAUAACUUCCUAGAGCUACAGCCUAAAAGCAAACAUGAUUUAAAAUGGGAAGUGCUGCUGUUAUAUUAACAAAUGGACCCUAGGGAAAGUAAAGACUUUGUAUUUAACUGCUUUGGAUUUCUUUUUGACCUCAUAAUCAAUUGAUUUCUACUGCUCAAUUCCUUUAGGUCCAUUAUGACUUUGGUUUACGUAAUAUCCUGUCUGUCCUGAGAACCCUGGGUGCAUUCAAACGAGCCAACCCAGAAGAUGGUGAGCCAAUGAUUGUAAUGCGUGUGCUCCGUGACAUGAACCUGUCCAAACUGGUAGAUGAGGAUGAGCCACUGUUCAUGUCACUUAUUGAGGAUCUCUUCCCAGGCAUGACUUUGGAUAAGGCAGGCUACCCUGACAUUGAAGCUGCCAUUGAACGCAAGGUUAGAACUCUAGCCAGUUACAAAGACUGACUUUUUCCACACAAAUGUUUGUAAAAUGAUAACCUGAAAAAUUGAGCAAUUAAAAUUUAUUUGAACAAUAAAAUAGCUGAAACAGGACAUUUAAUGAAUAGAAAUAAUUAUUUCUAAAAAUUAAAAUAUUUUAUUUGCCCUAUUUAAAUAAUUACUAUUUAAUUUUCAAAAUUGUUAUAAAUAAAUUAAGGGAGUUAGCAUUUGAAAAACAUUAGACAUUUUUACUUCAUAUUUAAAAGAGUUGUAAAAUUACAUUGCAUUAUAUAAAAAAUGCACAAUGCUUUGUUAGGUGACAGAUGCAGGACUGAUCAACCAUGGACCUUGGAUCCUGAAGCUGAUUCAGCUCUAUGAAACUCAGCGUGUUCGACACGGCAUGAUGACCCUAGGACCCAGUGGAGCAGGAAAGACUUGCUGUAUACAUACACUGAUGAAAGCCAUGACAGAAUGUGGGACUCCCCAUAAGGAGAUGAGGAUGAACCCCAAAGCCAUCACAGCACCUCAGAUGUUUGGUCGACUUGACGUCGCCACAAAUGAUUGGACAGAUGGCAUCUUCUCAACACUUUGGAGGAGAACACAUAAGACAAAGAAGGUUCAUGCUUUUUCAAAUAAUUCCUCUGUUGCAACAGACAAGUGGCUUGGUGGCAAAAGACACCCAUAAACCUAUCAAAACUGUUGGUUAAUAGUUGAGUAUUGUAUUUACCACCAUUUAAUUUUUUGCUAAAUGAUGGAACUUGAAUUCAAACAAUUUUACAUCAGCCUAAUAUUACCAUGAUUGUCUGCAGGGAGAACAUGUUUGGUUGGUUUUGGAUGGCCCCGUGGAUGCCAUUUGGAUUGAGAACUUAAACUCUGUACUUGAUGACAACAAAACCUUGACCUUGGCCAACGGCGACCGCAUUCCCAUGGCACCAAACUGCAAGAUCAUCUUUGAGGUUCACAACAUUGACAAUGCCUCUCCUGCCACUGUGUCACGAAAUGGGAUGGUCUUCAUGUCCAGCUCCAUCUUGGACUGGAAUCCCAUUCUGAAAGGUAGAGAUUGAAAGAAAAAUCUUGUCCUAUGAUUCUAUUGUUUAAAACAAUUGUUAUAUUCCAUCUACAUAUGUUCAAUUUGGAAUCUAAUAAUAACAGUUUUUAGUUGAAAGAAAACAGUUUAUAACAAGUAUUUUUGCGUGUUAAUUUUUUCAAUCUAGCAAUGAUUUAUACACAAUAUGUGAUCAUCAUUCAGAUAUAAAAAGACAUUUUAAGGAAAAUACAAAAAAUGCACAUCCAGCAGCUGGAUCAAUAAAAAAUAUAAUUUUGAGAUCACCAGUCAAACUUAUUUUCCAUUGGAAAUUGGUUACAAUUAUUUGGUAAAUUUUAAUUUGACAAUAAAAUUCAUGAACCUUUAUACAAAAUUGUGAAAAUCUGAUUGAUCAAAUGUUAUCAUUACAUCAAGGCUGGCUUUUGAAACGCCCACCACAACAGCAAGAUUCCAUUUUCAACAGCUUUGAAUCAGUUUUCCCCAAAUUGUAUGCCUACAUCACCCAAAACCUUGAGCCAAAGAUGGAGGUAUGUUUCAAGGGAUGCGAAAUCUGAUGUUGAACUCAAAAUUCUUAUUAUUGAUACUUAAUAUUUAUUCAAAUCUAAUUGCAUACAUUGACCAAGUUUUUGUUGUCCAAGUAUCUAUCUGAUGUUCUCCAUUUGACCAGGUACUUGAGUGCAAUUACAUCCGCCAAUCCCUUGACCUGUUGGAUGGGCUAAUUCCAGGUGGAGAGGAACCUAAAGACAUCAGCAACGAUCAUGUGAGGAAGCUGAUAGUGUUUGCACUGAUGUUCUCUCUGGGAGCUCUUCUUGAGUUGGAGGACAGGAAAAAGGUUGGUCAUUAUAGAUGUUUGUACAUUAAAAGAGAAUAUUAAAACUGUUGCUGCAUUUGUGUUAGUAGCUUGUAAGAACCAUUAUAUUGUGUUAAUUUUUAUGCUGAAAAAAAAAAUGAAAAUAUUAUAGGAAUGAACUAGGUUUUUUUGAUAAUGAUAUCAUGAUAAAAAAUUAUUAUUUUUUUAGCAUAUAAUAUAGAGCUCUUUAAUUUGAAUUACUAAAGGAAAUUAUACUGCAUUUAAAUAGUGUGUGUACAUUAUGCUUAGCAAGGUUUCAGUUUCAGAUUGAAUUAUGACCAAAACUGAAAAACAAUUUUGUCUUUGUAAUCAGCGGGACAUAAAAGUCAGGUAUGAUUGCCCUCUAGUCUGCACUUUAAACAGUUGUUUUUUUUUUACUUUCAAUCCAUUGAGAAUAUUUUGUGAUUACAGGUCCAAGACUGGCUCCAGGCCAACUCUGAUCUGCCCCUGCCUAAACUGUCCAAUGAUGACACCAUCUAUGAAUAUGUCGUCAGUGAGACUGGAGAGUGGGAGCACUGGAAGACUCGGGUCAGAAGCUGCUACUCAAAACAUUAAAUUAUAGUGGACUCUGUCUAACAAUGAUAGUUUGUUCCUCUUAAAAUAGAUAAAACCGAUGAUUAAACUUGAACACUUCAAGGAUAUCUUUCAACUAGUUAUUGAUAUCAUAGUAUUAAUAUCUGAAAUAUAAUAAUUGUUUUCUUGUCACAGGUACCUGAGUAUGAGUACCCCACUGACUCCACCCCUGAAUAUACAUCUAUCCUGGUACCCAAUGUUGAUAAUAUGAGAACAGAUUUCUUGAUCAAAACCAUUGCCAAACAAGGGAAAGCAGUUCUACUUAUUGGUGAACAGGUAUGAUGAAUGUUAUGUUCAUUUGUGCAUCAUAGCAUUCAUUUUUUAAGGCAAAAAAACAGACUCACUCACAUAGUUGGUGUAUAAUAUUGUGUUAAGUUAUUGUAUUUUACACCUGAUAUUACAAAUCCGUUUAUUUAAAUUUAUUUUAAAUAUGUUUUGCUUGUGUGAUCUAUAUUUUGUUUCCCUGGCAAUUUUAAAAAAUAAAUUUACUUGUAGCAUUAAAAAUAAAAUCAAUGUUGUCAUUCAAGUACUUGUAGUAAACGUGCAUCCCUAUUUGUGAUUAGGGCACAGCCAAGACUGUCAUGGUACAGGGCUACUGCAAUAAAUUUGAUCCAGAGUCACAUAUUUUCAAGAGUUUCAACUUCUCCAGUGCCACCACACCAAUGAUGUUUCAGGUGGGUUAAUACGACAGUCUUAUCUUAUUAGUAAGCCAGUUUCAGUUUAGUCUAGUCUUGUUCUACUUUUUACAAAUAAAUAUUGUAUUUUUACUAAUUUCUUAAUCAAAACAAGGUCUACAUCUAUUCUAAAGUCAUUUUUUUUUUUUUACUAGUCAAGAUGAUUUAAUUUAAUUUGUAUACCAUUUCAAGAAGAAAUUCUUUCAAUAUUGCUGUUAUUCUUGUUGUUCUAGCGUACCAUUGAAAGCUUUGUGGACAAAAGAAUGGGUACAACGUACGGUCCACCAGCUGGCAAGAAAAUGACAGUUUUUGUGGAUGACAUCAACAUGCCCAUCAUUAAUGAAUGGGGAGAUCAGGUUAGUUUGAUUAUAUCUGUAAACAAAGAUGCCACCUUAGAAUAUAGAGAUAUGCAUGUCAUGUCAUUUUAUGCCAUUGAAAUGUUUACUUCAUAUUUACCAGAGUUGUACAAUUACCAAAAUCAAUUUGAACAUAAAGUUUGUCUCAUUGCAUUAAAUUCACAUCAUUUCUACUCUGAUCUUUUACAAAGUGUCAUCACCAUUACAAUCAAAUUAUAUGGAGGAAAAGUGAACCCUCGUUAUUUUGAAAAUGUAAAAAUGUAAAAUUUUUGUGUAACAAAGAAAGCUUAGAAACAUCAUAUUUGCUCACAUUUAACACACCACUGCCUCCAUCACAUCGAAUAUAUCAGGUUACCAAUGAGAUCACCAGACAGAUGAUGGAGAACAAAGGAUUCUUCAACUUGGAAAAACCUGGUGAGUUUACCACCCUGGUGGAUGUCCAGAUGAUAGCUGCAAUGAUUCACCCAGGUGGUGGUCGUAAUGACAUUCCACAGCGUCUUAAACGAGCCUUCAAUGUCUUCAACUGUACUCUGCCCUCAAAUGCAUCCAUUGACAAGAUCUUCAACACAGUUGGUCUUGGACAUUUUAUCAAGGUAAACAUAUAUAGCAUAAUGGCUUCUAACCGAAAUAUUUUGAUUUGAGUUUCUUGAUAAGAAGCGAGGUAUUAAAGUAGUUUUAAAAAAUCCUUUAUGUUACAUUUAGUAAUAAUUUGUUUCCUUACUAUGCAAAUUAGUUAUAUUUAAAGAGUAAUUUUAAUUUAACUAUCCCGAAAUUAUUGUUUGAAUAAUAAUUUGAAAGGGCUUUAAACAUGUAAUGUGAAAGUGCUAUAAAAAUGUUUAUUUUUGAUUUCUUCAGGAAAGAGGUUUCCCAGAUGAGGUUCAUGAACUUGUGAAAACAUUGGUAUCAGCCACUAGACACUUGUGGCAGAAGACAAAAGCCAAGAUGUUGCCUACACCAGCCAAGUUCCACUAUGUCUUUAACCUCAGAGAUCUCUCCAGGAUCUGGCAGGUAGGAGUAGACCCUUGCUAAAUUAAAGUAAACUUAAUUGGAAUUCAAUACAACCUUAUGUAAGCCAUAAUGCCUUGUCUGAUCACGUUCAAAGAAUAUGGUAUAGUAGUUCACCUUGGCGAAAACUUCUUACUUAGCAUUUCAAAAACUCUCCUUUAUAUUUUAAGAAAAACGAUAUCCUUUGCAAUUUUAUAUAAGAAAUUUUGUUUGUUGUGUUGGGUAUUUAUCCUUAAAACUAUAAUUUAUUUAUAUAGAAAAAAUUAUUAGAACUCAUAUAGCUGCUGGAAUGAAAUUAUAAGAAAUAUACAAAGGUUAGAGGAAAAGCUAAAGGACAAUAAUAAAAAGUGAAUGUUGGGCCCAAAAGCCUUCGACUACAAAAACAGUUCAAGACAGAGAUAAACACUCUUAGAUUGUUAUAUAGAGAUGUAGUCUACAGGAAAUGGUAGACAUAUGCAACUACGGAAGUGACCCAUGAAAUCAAAGAAUUUGUCAAUGAGAUUAACAGGAAAUGUAACUAUCAGAAAUAAAUAAAUAAACUAAAUUUAAAUAAGAAAAGAACUUAUCCAGGAUGCUAUAAAGCAGCAAGGACCAAGUUGGUAAGGUUUGCAAGGAUGUUGUAUAUGAGGCAAACACAUUGAAAGAGCAUCAUGAAAUUAGUUCCAUGGUCUCUAUGUAAAAGCUAGGCAAUGGAGAAAAUGGGAUAUCUUUCUGCAGGGCAUGCUGAAAACUAUUGGUACAGUUGUUACUAGCACAAGCAUUCUGAUGUCACUGUGGAAACAUGAGGCCACCCGAGUCAUUGCUGACAGGUUUACAGAGCAAGCUGAUAAAGACUGGUUUGAGAAAACCAUUAAACAGGUGAUGUAGAUACAACAUUAAUAUUAUGUUUCAAUGACUGUAUAUAUGAUAGAGGAAGUUCAUUGUUUUUACUAUUUAACAUUGUAUAUGAUAUGAGAGUAAAGCUUUCUUUAAAUUAUUUAAUUGUAUAUAAAUGUUGCUUUCAUAUAAUCAGUAAACAUGUAUGGUGCUUAAUCAUAACUAAUUUGAAGUUGUUUUUUGGGGGUAAGUUUUGUUGAUUUUAAAAUUAAAAAAAGAAAACGAACAUGAAAAAAUGAAAAUAGCAUAUUGUCAUAGCAGAGAAAUCUUUAUUAAAUUGUUUUGCUUGAGAUGAUCACAGACUGCAUUCCUGCAAGCAGUGUAUUCAUUGUUCUUACUAUAACAAACAAUGUAUACUGUGUGACAGGUUGCAGAGGAGGACUGUGGAUCAGUUCUAGCCAAUGAAAUGGAUGCAGAACCCUACUUUGUGGACUUUAUGAGAGAUGCCCCUGAACCAACAGGUACAACAUUAUGAUAUGUUGCAACAAGCUAUUUUAGCAAGUUUUAAACAGUUUUAAUAAAAUCUAAAUCUGCAAUACCUAAGCCCUCUUAUAAAAUGAAACAGACUGGAAUUGAACCAAAGGAGUCGUAAUGAAAAUGUAUCUAAUUAAUUAUAGAUUUAAUAAAACUGCAAUCAAUAAACUAUAAAAGCAAAGCCAGUUCAGCUCUGUGAUGACAAUAUCUUUGUUAGGUGAGGAGUCAGAAGAUGCUGAUCUAGAGGCCCCUAAAAUCUAUGAACCUGUGGAAUCCAUGGAUACCCUAGCAGAGAAGCUUCAGUUUUAUCAGAUUGGUUACAAUGAGAGCAUCAGAGGCAGUGCCAUGGACCUUGUCUUCUUCAAGGUAGUGCCACUCACAUUGUCUUAAAGACUUUUCAAACAAGUCAUUCAUUUAUAUUAUUUUUUUUCUUAUUCUGUAUCUUAGUUGUGAAUAUACUUGCUAAAUUUGGUAGAAAAUGACACUGACAUCUUAACCCUCUCUACUUUCAUUCAGGACGCAAUGACUAACUUGGUGAAGAUCUCUCGGAUCAUUCGAACACCUCGUGGACACGCCCUGUUGGUGGGUGUGGGAGGUUCUGGUAAACAGAGCCUUACCAGACUGGCUUCUUUCAUUGCUGGCUACUCAACUUUCCAAAUAACACUGACCAGGUAAGAUCUGUAGACAGGAAAUCAAAAGAAGUAGUUUGUGAAUGCUUAUAUAUAUAUACUUUGGAGAGCUCUCAUUGGUUCCACAGAACUUAGUUAUAAUUCAAAAUUACUGUUAUUUCAUGUUGUAAUUUGAUAGUUUCUUAACUUGGUCAACAAAGAGCAAUUAGCCAGCAAAUGUUUUGAAAGCAUUUUCUAAGAUAAAUUUUAAGAAGAAAGAGAUGUAUGCAAUUACUGUAUGUGUGUUCACUUUUAAGAAACUGAAAAAUGAGCUGCAAAUUUUGUCAUUCCUGUUACAAUUUGAAACAUAUAUUUAUGUAUAUAUGUCAGAUUAUUUUAUAGAAGAAAAAGUUCCUUUGUAAGAUUCUUUAGAUGAAAUGUUCUUGCUGUUUUAUAAAUAUGUCAUUAAGUGAUAUAUAAAUUAUUUGUCCAGGUCUUACAACACAAGCAACCUUCUUGAAGACUUGAAAAACUUGUACCGCAGAGCCGGUCAGUCUGGCAAAGGUGUCACCUUCCUGUUUACAGACAAUGAGAUCAAAGAUGAGGCAUUCCUUGAAUACAUGAACAACAUUCUAUCAUCUGGAGAGGUUAGUGUCAUUUUGUUAUGCUCUACUUCUAAGCAUAAAGAUAUUGUGAUCAUUGUCCUGCAGCUCAACCCUUUUAUUAACUGCAAGGGAGAUGUACAAGAAUCAUUUCUCAGAACGGUUCUACCUAAAAUUCCAUGUUUGGUAUUAUCAAUUUGCACAUCAUGAUAUAUUCUUUAUUCAUUAAUCUAUGAAAAACAGAAAAUAUCAGGUCUGUUAAUUUAUUGUUAGAUUUCCCCAACUUGAUCUAGAAUAAUUUUAUUUUGUAAAUCUCAAUAUUAAUGCAAGGUUGCUUAAAUACUUUUUGUGUGUUGAGCUGAUCACAUUUAAGAUAUAAGUUUGAAAUUAAGCUUACAUUAAGAUAAAACUGGAGCAGUGAAACCCCUUUUUUCAUUUGUCCCCUAGGUGUCAGGUCUGUUUGCCCGUGAUGAAAUGGAUGAAAUACUUCAGGAGUUGAUUGCUGUCAUGAAGAAAGACCAUCCGCGACGACCACCAACCAAUGAGAAUUUGUAUGACUUCUACAUGUCUCGAGUCAGGGAGAACCUUCAUGUUGCUUUGUGCUUUUCUCCUGUAAGUUACAUUUCACUGGCACUUUUACAGUUUAGGAGCCUUUAUUCAUUAACAUACUACCAAACUCAUUGAUUUUUAUAACUUUCCCUGAUAAAAUUUGUUUAUUUGACAGUUAAAUAUUUCUAGGCUAAUAACUAACAGAUUGAUAAAGCCAGUAUACACAAUAUAACAUAGCUAUACCUGAAAUUCUAAAAUUUUCACAGGUUGGUGAAAAGUUCCGCAAUCGUUCCCUCAAGUUCCCCGGUUUGAUUUCUGGCUGCACAAUGGAUUGGUUCCAGAGGUGGCCAAAGGAUGCCCUGGUUGCUGUGUCCAAUCAUUUCCUGUCAUCGUUUGAUAUCACCUGUACACCAGCAGUCAAGUCAGCAGUUGUGAACACCAUGGGUUUGUUCCAGGUGGGAUAUUGUAGCUAUAAGAUUUGAAUUGUAAUGCUGCAUUUAUGCUUCCCUGUUGGUGGGCUCCAGUGGUAAGUGUGUCUACACUCAAUUAUAACACAGCACUGGUUUGGGGUGUCUAAUUGUCUGGGUGAAGCAUACACCAGCUUGAGAUACAACUUCACCAAGUCAAGCCAAAUGAUGACAAAGUACCAGUUAUUUUUGAAAUAUUGAAAACUCAAGAAAAUACAGAGCCAAAAUAAAAUAUUUUAAACUUUAAAAAUAGAUUGUUAUUAAGGAGACUUGUUAUUAUUUAAAAACAAGAUUUAAAAUGUAGACAAAAAGCUAUGUAAUUAAUAAAUUUUUAGAAUGUUGAGUGCAUGAAUUUAUUACAUAAUGUUAAAACUAACACAUUUAGUAAAGUGAUAAUAUUUCGAUUUCUGAUAUCAUGUAACUUUAGGACAUGGUCGCUGAGAUGUGUGUGGACUACUUCCAGCGUUAUCGUCGUCAGACCCACGUCACACCAAAAUCUUACCUGUCUUUUAUUGCCGGAUACAAAGUAAUCUAUAAGGAGAAGAAAGAAGAGAUUGGUCUGUUGGCCCAAAGAAUGAAUACAGGUAGAGUAUUGAUCCAUGGAAAAUAAUCUUUGCUGAUCUUCUCACAGUAAUAGUAUGAAAUACAAGAGAAAAUUAGAUUGUAAAAGAAAAUCAUGAAGGGUUCAUUGCAGAAAUUGUAAACAUUGUUCACUUAUUCUUUCUCUCUUGUCUUAUCAUACCUCAUUUAAUACAGGUCUUGAAAAGCUGAUUGAAGCAACAGAGUCCGUGAAUGAGCUCAGUAAGGAGCUUGCGGUCAAAGAGAAAGAGUUGGCAGUAGCCUCCAAGAAAGCUGAUGCGGUGUUGGCAGAGGUGACAGUGAAAGCUCAGGCAGCAGAAAAGGUCAAAACCCAGGUGCAGAAAGUCAAGGACAAAGCUCAAGCCAUUGUAGACUCUAUCUCUGUAAGUUAAAACAAUUUUUCUCUUAAUGCUGUGGUUAAAAUAUUCAUUAAAAUAACUUUGACAAAAUAGUAUGUCAUUUUAUUGCCGUAAGGUCAUGCAGAAUAACAUAUAAAAUAUGUCAAUGAUAGACCUGUCCAGAAAGAGCAGUGUAACACCACACAGAUAUCAGGAUGUUAUAAACUGUCAAAUUUAAUCAUAUACACAACUCCAAAUUGUUUCAAUAAAGGUUGACAAAGCAGCUGCAGAAAUCAAGCUUGAAGCAGCCCGUCCAGCCCUCGAGGAGGCCGAGGCAGCCCUCUCCACCAUUAAACCAGCUCACAUAUCUACUGUACGGAAACUGGCCAAGCCACCUCACCUCAUCAUGAGAAUUAUGGAUUGCUGCUUGCUUCUCUUCCAGGUGACUCAUUUCUUCUGUCUUUAAACUUCCUUUAUCUCUCAUUUCUGUAUCUGACAAUGAGAGAUGAUUUUUGUCUUUAGUUGAUUCUCUUCAGCUUCUGACAUUGGUAAUUAAAUAGUGCAACAAGAUGUGUUCAGGUUUUAAAAAAAAAAAUGAAAACUAAGUGGAUGUUUUGGUUUGAUGUCUUUCUUGGCAGACAAUACAAUGCAAUAAACAAUAGAUAAAUUUGAAUACAAAAUAAAACUUAUGUUAUCAACGAUCUCAAUAAAGUCAAUGUAGCUCAAUGUUCACAAUGUAGAACAGGAAGCGUUCUAUGUUAUGUGGGUUAGUGUUCAUAUGAAAGCCUCCUUUUAAAAUUUUUUAUAUAACCAAAGUCUUGUAACUGAAGUCUUAUAUCUGAGUAAGAAAAAGUGUUGUCUUGUGUUGUCUUAUGUUAUUAUCGCACUAAGAUAAUUUAAUAACUGUACGAAACAAAACAAAAAAACAAGUCUACUUUGAAAUUUCAAAAAGUAAAAGCUGCCCAUUAUUAUUCCAGAGAAGACUUGACACAGUAACACAAGACCCAGAAAGAAAUUGUGUGAAACCAUCUUGGAGUGAAGCCCUGAAACUCAUGAACUCUUCUAACUUCCUGGGAAUGUUGCUCAAUUUCCCCAAGGUGAAGCAUUUGUUUUCUUUAAAAAUAAAAUCAUUAUUUUCACUUAUUAUAAAAAUUGGUGUCAGUUUUUAAAUACCCCUUAUAGAAGACCAAAAAAUAAUAUUGAAAGAGAAGGGUGCUUCUUCUAUUGUAAGCAUUGCUUGGAAUUCCUUUAAUCUUGUUUCCAAUCCAUUUCUUGAUGACAGGAUACCAUCAACGCAGAGACUGUGGAACUUCUGGAAGUCUACCUUACCAUGGAGGACUAUAACUUUGACCAAGCUAAGAAAGUCUGUGGUGAUGUGGCUGGUCUCUGCUCUUGGACGGCAGCCAUGUCCUUCUUCUAUACCAUCAACAAAGAAGUCCUGCCACUCAAGGUUAAUUUUUAUUUACAGCUCCUUCUCCUUCUUCUAAAUAUUAAGGACCCACGAUCAAUGCGUUUAUCAUUCUGACUCCUGUAUAUGUAGAGGGGAUUCGCAAUGUUUCUGUGCUUGGUUUUGAAAAGGAUAUUUCACUGGUUGCAAGGGCUACUCAGUGAGGGUAUCAUGAACUGGGUGUUGGAAGGCCUGAGGCAACAGACGCAAAUGUGUUCAGUGUAGUCGCCUCCUCAACUGUUCAGGAAGCUUGUUUCAGUCCCUGAUUGUCUUUGGCAAGAAUGAGCAGUUCCUGUAUUGUGUUCUUGCUAUUACGAGACGGAACUGCCUGUAACUUAAGGACUUGGUAUUUUCCAUGGGCUGCUUACUAUCUGAAUACAUUAAGGGACAACAAAACUGAAUCUAAUUUUUGACUACAUUAAAGCUGUGAUAAGAUACAUUUUAUAUCUCUAAUUCUGAUCUGUAAAACAAAAGAUGAUAUGAAAUGCCUUUAGAAAUGUAUCUAUCAGCUGCCAACAAUGAUAUGUUAUUAAACGCUUUCCUAAUCUUGUGUCUCUAGGCCAAUCUGAUCAAACAAGAGGCUCGUUUGACAGCUGCCAAUAAUGAUUUGGCUGAGGCACAGGCUCAGCUUGAUGACAAACAGAAAGAACUGGAUCAGGUGCAGGCUUUAUUUGAUGCAGCCAUGGCAGAAAAACAGGUGAGUUCUAAUGAGGCCUCCUGGCUGUCCUGGUCAGCAACACAGUCUCAUGAGGGCGCAAUCCAAGUUUGAAUUUCUUUCAAACCAAAUGUAACAAAGAAUGUUGGUAAAAAUCCAUCUUUGUUUUGUGAUGUUUAUCAUGAAGAAUCUCUGUUACACUUAUCAACAAUCAUGUUGACUGCACUUGUAAAAUUAUUAUAUUUAUGAUUAUGUUAUUGAAUGUUAUUUUUAUGUCAUUAAAGGUUAUAUUAUUUUAUUAAGUGUUAUAUAUAUUAUGAUGUUAUUAAAUGGGUUUUUUUUGUUGCUUUUUUUUGGAAAGAGCAAGCAAAAUAAGUUUUUUUUCAAAAAAAAUUUGGCUACCAUUUACACUAUUCAGUAUCUAAAUUAUGAAGUCAAUCAUGUGCCUACAUUUUAUUAUUGAAAUUGCUAGAUAUUCUUUCAACUUUUAUUACAUUUUUGUUCAAUCCAUGUUUGUCUGACCUCAGACCCUGAUGGAUGAUGCUGAAGCCUGCCGUCGUAAAAUGAACAAUGCAGAGGCCCUCAUCAAUGGUCUGUCAGGGGAAAAGAUCAGAUGGACAGAAGCCAGUAAAACAUUUGAAGCCCAGAUUCAGAGGCUUGUUGGCGAUGUUCUCUUGGCCACUGGUUUCUUGUCUUACUCUGGACCUUUCAACCAAGAGUUUAGGAACUUGAUGCUCCGUAGCUGGAAGAAAGAGAUGUCCGCCUCUAAGAUCCCAUAUAGUGAUGUGAGUUGUUUCAUCCUUAUGCUACAUAAAAACAAUCUUUCCUUGUUAAACUAGUCUACACAACACUAAAGUAUGUUAUAGCAGUCUAUAUUACACUGCACUACACUUUAUUUGGAUCCCUAGUGGUAGUCCAGAUUGAUCUUUUUACUUUUGUCAGCAACUUGCUCUCAACACUGAUAAAAUUGUCAGCAAUUAGUUCUCAACACUGAUUAAACUGUCAGCAAUACUCAUAAUUAUCAUUAUGUAGUCUUUAUACAGUCCAAAACAUCAAUUAAUAUUGUACACUAUGCACAAUCAGAAACUAAACUGCCAAAAUGGCUACCACUAAAACUUGAAGUCUCAACAGCCAGUCACUCUAUUCCACAUUCAAGGAUACUGCUUGAAAAUCACAUCUGAUGGUCCUGAGAAUUACAGAGAACUCUGAGCACAAUUAUCCAUGCAAGAAAUCUCUACAUACUAUGACCACUUACUUAUGACAACUGACAAAUACUCUCAUGGUCACACUAUAUACCAUCACCCACUUGUUUAUUAUUUCCCUUUCAUCCUCAUCACAAAUUAACAUAAAACUACUAUCAAUGCUCACAGCUCACAAUCUAAAAAUAUUCACACUAAACCCAGUGAUUCCCAUACCUUGACUCAAUCGUGUUGCGCUAGUCUACACUAAGCUUUGUGCAAGCUAGUGUACACUAAGCUUUGUGGAACCAAUCUUCACCAGAUUAUGUUACUCAAAGGAGGCACAGCAAAAGUUUUCAUUCUGAAACAUUUCAUUUUUCUGAAGCAGAUUUUAAAGAUUUGUCCAUAAAAUAUGAGCUGACACAUAACACUAACCCAUUAUCAUUAAACUGAUCCUGUCAUUGUUGUUAACCAAUUAACAUUGUCCUUAGGAUCUGAACAUUACAUCCAUGCUGGUACUUAACACCACCAUAUCUGAGUGGAACCUCCAAGGCCUGCCUAAUGAUGAGCUGUCUAUCCAGAAUGGUCUCAUUGUCACCAAGGCAUCCAGGUACCCACUGCUCAUUGACCCACAGGGUCAAGGCAAGGCGUGGAUAAAAAACAAAGAAGGGAGCAAUGAUCUUCAGGUGAGGAGAUUUUUAGCAGGAUAAAAAUAAUUUUAAAAAAUUUUUUGUUGAUUCUUUAAAAUAAAUAAAUUUCUAAUGUACUUUUUGUUACUACAAAAAUUUAUUUUUCAUUUUAAAAUAAAAACUAAGACAUUUCAUAAGUCAUUUUUUUUUUUGGUUAUGUUUUUGAUAAAAAAAAAUAUGGAAGUGGAGGUAUAGAAUUUAAAAGAUUUUUUUCACAUGAUUUGUAUCUUUGUCUAUCAGAUCACGUCCCUGAAUCAGAAAUACUUCCGUUCUCACAUGGAAGAUGCUCUUUCCCUGGGUCGACCUCUGCUGAUAGAAGAUGUUGGGGAGGAGCUGGACCCGGCCUUGGAUAAUGUCCUAGAGAAGAAUUUCAUCAAGUCUGGUUCAACAUUCAAGGUGCGCCUCUUGCCAUCAGUAUUUUUAGGAACCAAAAUCUUCAACUCUAAACACAUCAAACUUAUGGGAAAACCUUUAAUUAACUUUUAAACUCCUAUUUUUACUUUAAGUGAAGCAUUCAUUUCAUGAUAUUUUCAGAUAAUUGUUUUGUGUGUGUGAUAAAGUGCUACUGACUUAAACAACUUGGUUAAAAGCUUAACUUGAACUUUCUCUUUUUGGAAUCCUUCUAUCACAGGUCAAGGUCGGAGACAAAGAGGUGGAUGUCAUGAAAGGUUUCAGACUUUACAUAACAACCAAGUUAGGUAACCCGGCCUACACACCUGAAGUGUCGGCAAGGACCUCCAUCAUUGACUUCACAGUGACCAUGAAGGGCUUGGAAGACCAGCUUUUGGGUAUAGUCAUCCUAACGGAGAAGCAGGUUUGUAAAUUUAUGGUGGCUCUUGUGCUGUGCAGCUGCAGGUAGCUUUUAUAAACUUUGAUAUUUCCAUAAUAAAAAAGAUCACUGACACUCCGAUAGCAAACAAAAUAGUAUGAUUGAUAUCACUGUUGAACAUCCAGCUCUAUACUUUACAAAUGAAUACAUCACCUCUGAAACAAUAUAGGUUUUGAACUGGCACAGGUAAUCUUUAAUGUACAUUCGUCCCUCUAUUUGUGAUGUAAUAGUUUCACUAUCAAUGAAACUUAAACCAAUUUCAUUGUGAUGAGUUGGUUCAUAAAGAAAGCCAGUAAGAAAGGGAACAAAUCAAAUGAUAAAUUAGUGUUUUAAAUCUACUUACAAGGACCACUGACUUAAGAGAAAUGACUAACAAUCUCAUGGUCAUCACCCACUUGCUUGUUAUUUCCCUUUCAACCCAUCACAAAUUGACAUUAAGCUGCUACUAAAGCUCACAGCUCACAAUCUAAAAACAUUCAGACUAAACCCAGUGAUCCCCAUACCUUGACUCACUAUGUUACACUAUACACUAGUCUACACUACACUUUGUUGAACCAGUCUUUGUUAUCCUGUCUCGAAACAACAUAUACCUUGUUCUACUAUUUCCUUCACAAAGCUUCAUUUAUCAUGGUUUAAAUCUGCUCAGCUUUGGUACAAAAGACAAAAUAAAACAAAUUUUAAUCAUAUCAUAAUGCUAAGGCUCUGUAUAAGGAUUUAACAGAUUAUUCACUAGUAUUUGUACUUUUGUUAAUAUUUCUUAAUGCAGUGAUGACUAAUUUAUUUUAACAGGAAUUAGAAGCAGAGCGUACGAACCUUCUGGAAGAAGUUACCAGUAACAAGAGGAAGAUGAAAGAGUUGGAAGACAACCUUCUGUAUAGACUCACUUCCACACAGGUCUGUAUAGAUAGUCAUUUUAUUACCAAAGUUCCUGGUUCUAACUUGUAUGACCCAAUUUAAUUUUAGAGGAUUUUGUUAAACUGUUGAGGAAUAAAAUUACUGCUACGCCUCUUGUACCCACUAGAGAGCUCCGCUCAUCCGAUAGUGGCAAACUCUCGACACCACGUGUUUGCCUUGAGACUUACGGAAAGCGCACUUUCGCAUUUGCUGGUCCACUAAUUUGGAACGCCCUUCCUGUCGAUCUCAGAAACAACCAGACACUGGAGUCCUUUAAAACCGAUUUAAAGACACAUAGUCAACAUUAUUUUCCAGUUAAUGCAUAAUGGCUGUGUUGCUUAUGGUUGAAAUGGCUAGAAAGACUUUGCCAUUGUAUGCUUGUACUUAGUUUUUGUCGUGUUGCGUUUGUUUUAAAUGUGGUAAACUAUAGAUUUGUUUUUUUUUGACUUUGUACCGCGCUUCGAGCCUUUGGGGAUGAAGCGUGUUUUUGAAAUGAACUUUAUUAUUAUUAUUAUUAUUGUACAUUUGAUACAAUGCUGUAAUAACUUUUUGAAAACAUGCUGAAUAUCUUCAUGUCUUACAUAAGUGCCAGCCAUGGAUUGCCCGUAUUGAAUGACUAUAUUUUGUAUCAAAGGGCUCACUGGUAGAAGAUGAAUCCCUGAUUGAGGUGCUGAAAGUAACCAAGAUUACUGCUGAGGAGGUCAGUGAGAAGUUGACUGUUGCGGCAGAUACAGAAACUAAGAUCAACACAGCGAGAGAAGAGUUCAGGCCAGGUCAGCAUGAAAAAACCCCACUGACCUUGAUCAUUAAUUAAUAAUCAUAAAACUGAAAACUUUAGGGAUUUAGAACAACAUUCUCCAAUCAGGCGUCCACAGACACCUUGUAGAAGUCAAUGCAUGGAAAUUAUUCAUUGAAUUCAUCAUAAUAUAGCUAAAUUUAAAAACCAAUAAACUGAAUUGAAGAUUACAAAAUUUUUUCACGCAAAAUAAGUUUGUAUUGUAAUGCUAUAAUUAUUUAUUUUUUAACAUGUGUUUUUAUCAUUAUUGCCUAUUCUGCCAUUCAGUGGCCACUAGGGGCAGCAUUGUUUACUUUGUGAUUGUGGAGAUGAGCAUGGUGAACAUCAUGUAUCAGACUUCACUGAAGCAGUUCCUGGAGAUUUUUGACUUGUCCAUGGCCAGAUCAACAAAGUCUCCCAUCACCGCCAAGAGGAUCAACAACAUCAUUGAGUACUUGACACUCUCUGUUUUCAAGUACACCUGUCGCGGACUCUAUGAAACUGACAAAUUCCUCUUCACACUUUUGAUGACCUUGAAGAUAGAGAUGGCUGGAGGGAGGGUCAGGCCAGAAGAGUUUGGGGUCUUUAUUAAAGGUACGAGAAGGGUAAUGUCAAAUUUGAGCUAUAGUUUCUUGUGUGUGUGGAAAGCAAUGUGUUAAUGUAAUGGUUUUAGACUAGAAGCAUAACUAGCUUUGAUAACACAUAGAAUGGUUUUAUCCUUCUUUUCUCUUUCUGUGUCUUUGCUAAACAAUUACAUUUAUGUAAGGCUCUGUAAUUAUAAUAUUUAAUUUACUUGUUCAUCACAUUGGUUACCUCUUGUGUCAGCAUGUUUAAUCUUCACAUGCUUAUUUCUACCACAGGCGGUGCUGCUCUUGAUCUUAAUGCUGUAGAGCCUAAGCCCAAGAAAUGGAUCAUGGACAUGACCUGGCUUAACCUGGUCAAACUCACGGAGCUUCCACAGUUCAGCCAGAUACUACAACAGGUGGCCAGGAAUGAUAAGGUAAGUGUUUUGUAGAAAGGUUUGAUAGGAGGAAUCAACAAAAGAAGGAAAACUUAUUUUAAAGAACAGUAAAAACUAUGUCUAAUAAAUAUUUUAUUUUAAUUUUAUAUUUGUUUUAUUACUGUGUGUUUGCUGAAUCAUACUUCUUGCCAACACGUUGGUUGUUUUGUUGUCUCCUUUUUUCACUCAUUACCAGCUAUUUAUUCAUAUUAAUUUUUCUGUUACUCAUGUGUUGACUUAUUUCAAUGGCUCAGGCUUGGAAGGCCUGGUUUGAUGAAGAUGCCCCCGAGGAAUGUACCAUCCCUGAUAACUACAGCAACAGUCUGGACAACUUCCGCAAACUUCUGCUCAUCAGAUCCUGGUGCCCUGACAGAACUAUUCCAAUGGCCAGAGUAUAUGUAGCAGAGGCCAUGGGUCAAGAGGCAAGUUGUUUUUUCUUCAUAUAGAUAUACUUCUGGAAAUCUUGUUUUUUUAACCACUGUCUGAAUUUAAAUUAUUGUGUGUGUUAUCACCAGUUUGUGUCAAAAUUGUGGUUGGAUUACCAGGAAAUAUGCUAACGCAAAAGUUUGCAAAGCAAAAACUAUGAUUAUUUUUUUUUGCAUUCACAGGGAAUAGGUAUUCCGAUUGUUUAUUUACAUCAAUUUUAAAUCUGAAGCUUUUUAAUUAUUAAUACUAAGCUUUUAUUGAACCCUUCAGACAAAAAUAAGAGUGAACAGAGAAUAUAAUAAUGAGCUGCACUGAUCUUAAUGUCUCAGCCAUGUCUUGUAGAACAGAGCAUAUAAUAAUGAGCUGCACUGAUCUUAAUGUCUCAGCCAUGUCUUGUAGAACAGAGCAUAUAAUAAUGAGCUGCACUGAUCUUAAUGUCUCAGCCAUGUCUUGUAGAUAACCCAUCUUCAUGCAUGCUUAAUUAAAUUUAUUUCAUAAUAAAACAGUUUGCUGAGAGUGUGAUCCUGAAUCUGGAAUCAAUGUGGGAGGAGUCUCAUGCACGUACACCGAUGAUUUGCUUCCUGUCUAUGGGCUCUGACCCUACAGAAAACAUAGAACGCUUGGCCAAACAGAAGGGCUUCAGUGAGUGACUCAAUUAUAGUUUAAUUAUUAACUUCAUGUGGAGAGCUUUGGGUGCUUUCUUUGUUUACUUACUAACAUAUAGUGUUUAUUUUUUUUAAAGUGUCUUUUUAAAAUAUUUUUACGUUUUUGAAAUUAGAAAUAACUUUUCUUAGCCUCCAUUAGAAAUGUCCAAUCAUGUCUUUGUCUGAAUCAAUCUUGAACACACAAUUUGUGAUAUUUUAAGAAGGGGCAACUUUAAAAAACCCUACUUCUGUGCAGUCAACUUUGGACACCUAUUAAUAUUCUACUACUAUACCAUCCAGCUUGAAGAUGUGAUAAAGACAGAGAAAAAAAUUUGAUGUGAAGAUAAAUGUUUCUUUACAAUACAGAGUGUGGCGCCAUCUCUAUGGGCCAGGGUCAAGAUGUACACGCCAGACGUCUCAUGGCGGUGUCCAUGGCUGAGGGCAGAUGGGUUCUGUUACAGAACUGCCACUUGGGCCUAGACUUCAUGGAUGAACUGCUGGACACUGUAAGUUGUUUCACUUAUAUUCUGUCACUUUACUUUAACUACAAUUAUUAUCACAAAGUAAAUUUUCAAAAAUCUUAUACCCUAAUAACACUAGAGUGUUUAUAAAAAAAAUUGUUAUUAAUGGUGUUUUAAAGUUCAAAUUCAAAAGGACAUACAUCUAAUUACAGGUAUUGACCACUGAAAAUGUGAAUGACCAGUUCCGGAUCUGGCUGACGACAGAGGAACAUCCCAAAUUCCCCAUCAAUUUGCUGCAGAGUUCAAUCAAGUUUACUAAUGAGCCCCCCAUGGGUGUGAAGGCUGGCUUGAAGAGAACCUACACAGGUGUCACACAGGUAACUGCACACCCCUGGCAGAGAUUUGUAGAUAAUUGGUAACAAAAUGAUGCCGGUACAUGACAAAUUGGUGCAGUGUAUUCUAGUUAUAAAUCAUGUUACUCAUUCUUUAUGUAUACAGUUAUAUAGAACAUACAUGCUCAUACAUGACAAAGUGGUGCAGUGUAUUCUAGUUAUAAAUCUUGUUACUCAUUCUUUAUGCAUACAGUUAUAUAGAACAUACAUGCUCAUACAUGACAAAGUGGUGCAGUGUAUUCUAGUUAUAAAUCUUGUUACUCAUUCUUUAUGUAUACAGUUAUAUAGAACAUACAUGCUCAUACAUGACAAAGUGGUGCAGUGUAUUCUAGUUAUAAAUCAUGUUACUCAUUCUUUAUGUAUACAGUUAUACAGAACAUACAUGCUCAUACAUGACAAAGUGGUGCAGUGUAUUCUAGUUAUAAAUCAUGUUACUCAUUCUUUAUGUAUACAGUUAUACAGAACAUACAUGCUCAUACAUGACAAAGUGGUGCAGUGUAUUCUAGUUAUAAAUCAUGUUACUCAUUCUUUAUGUAUACAGUUAUACAGAACAUACAUGCUCAUACAUGACAAAGUGGUGCAGUGUAUUCUAGUUAUAAAUCAUGUUACUCAUUCUUUAUGUAUACAGUUAUACAGAACAUACAUGCUCAUACAUGACAAAGUGGUGCAGUGUAUUCUAGUUAUAAAUCAUGUUACUCAUUCUUUAUGUAUACAGUUAUACAGAACAUACAUGCUCAUACAUGACAAAGUGGUGCAGUGUAUUCUAGUUAUAAAUCAUGUUACUCAUUCUUUAUGUAUACAGUUAUAUAGAACAUACAUGCUCAUACAUGACAAAGUGGUGCAGUGUAUUCUAGUUAUAAAUCAUGUUACUCAUUCUUUAUGUAUACAGUUAUAUAGAACAUACAUGCUCAUACAUGACAAAGUGGUGCAGUGUAUUCUAGUUAUAAAUCAUGUUACUCAUUCUUUAUGUAUACAGUUAUACAGAACAUACAUGCUCAUACAUGACAAAGUGGUGCAGUGUAUUCUAGUUAUAAAUCAUGUUACUCAUUCUUUAUGUAUACAGUUAUACAGAACAUACAUGCUCAUACAUGACAAAGUGGUGCAGUGUAUUCUAGUUAUAAAUCAUGUUACUCAUUCUUUAUGUAUACAGUUAUAUAGAACAUACAUGCUCAUACAUGACAAAGUGGUGCAGUGUAUUCUAGUUAUAAAUCAUGUUACUCAUUCUUUAUGUAUACAGUUAUAUAGAACAUACAUGCUCAUACAUGACAAAGUGGUGCAGUGUAUUCUAGUUAUAAAUCAUGUUACUCAUUCUUUAUGUAUACAGUUAUACAGAACAUACAUGCUCAUACAUGACAAAGUGGUGCAGUGUAUUCUAGUUAUAAAUCAUGUUACUCAUUCUUUAUGUAUACAGUUAUACAGAACAUACAUGCUCAUACAUGACAAAGUGGUGCAGUGUAUUCUAGUUAUAAAUCAUGUUACUCAUUCUUUAUGUAUACAGUUAUACAGAACAUACAUGCUCAUACAUGACAAAGUGGUGCAGUGUAUUCUAGUUAUAAAUCAUGUUACUCAUUCUUUAUGUAUACAGUUAUAUAGAACAUACAUGCUCAUACAUGACAAAGUGGUGCAGUGUAUUCUAGUUAUAAAUCAUGUUACUCAUUCUUUAUGUAUACAGUUAUAUAGAACAUACAUGCUCAUACAUGACAAAGUGGUGCAGUGUAUUCUAGUUAUAAAUCAUGUUACUCAUUCUUUAUGUAUACAGUUAUACAGAACAUUGUAAAAGACCUGUUUUAACUACCCCGAGUUUCAUGGGUUUCUGGUGAUAACUUUAAUGUUAAAGGCAUUACAGAUGAUUCAUGAACAAUUAGACUCUUUCAAAGAUUUGUUUUAUGGUCAAUGCUCCUUUUAAAGAUAUUUUAUUUUAUUAUUUUUUUUAAAAGGGGCUAAGCCUUGAACAUUCUAACGUGACAUCUAUUUCUUUCCUGACAAAUCUGCUUUCUGUAAAAAAAAAAUUUUAAAAUGCUGUUCCGGUGCAUUCCAUUACCACUGCUUACAUUACAGGGACAACUGGGCUGUUCAUUAUUAUUUAUUAUAAUUGAUAUACCGGUAAUACAUACAUUUCAGGAACAACUUGACUACAGCAACCUACCAGUGUGGAAGCCAAUGCUGUAUGGUGUGGCAUUCCUGCACACCACUGUGCAAGAGAGGAGAAAGUUUGGCCCUAUUGGUUGGAACAUUCCCUAUGAAUUUAACCAGGGAGAUCUCAAUGCUACCAUUCAAUUUAUUCAGAACCAUCUUGAUGAUCUUGACCCAAAGAGAGUGAGUUGAGCUUAGCAGGCAAACAUUUAAGAGCAACUGUUCAAUUUGUCAAGGAUCUGUUAACUUUAUCAACCCAGGAAAUUAAUGUGAAGUAAAAAAUAUAUUUUUAACAAAAAGCUCAGUAAACUGAAGGAGACCCCAUAUAAUAAUACUUGUAACCCUUACCCAUGCAUUUCAACCCAUUGAUAUAAAACCAACCUGUCUCCAGGGUGUCAACUGGGUGACUGUGCGUUACAUGAUUGGUGAAGUACAGUAUGGUGGUCGUGUCACUGAUGACUAUGACAAGCGUCUGUUGAACACAUACACCCGUGUCUGGUUCAGUGAAAGCAUGUUUGCAGACAACUUUGCUUUCUACACAGGUAAGAAAUUAUAAGACUAAAACUCCUCGCCGAUGAGUAGAAUCAGAGCAUGAUAGUUUCUUGAAUUAAAAUUUAAGAAAUCUGAACUAAUGGCCAACCAAGUCUGUAAUUUAGUUUAUUGUGAAUUUAAUUACACAAACUCGUGUGAUAGGCGCAUAUUAAGCGAUCUUUAAUGUAUAAGCAAAUGCUGAUGCUAUAAAAUUUUGGAUUUUUAAAGCAUCAUUUCAGAAUCAAGAGUUUAAUAGAAAGCAACAUAUUAGACACAGCCUUGAUUAGGCUGACAAUAUUUUAGCAUUCAUUAAACUAACAAUAUCCUAGUAACGAGAAGCUACUUUUCUUGUCCUCUUGUUACCUCCCAUUUAAGACUGAAGUAAAAUUUUGGUGAGAUACUUAAAAAAGAUAAUAAUUUGUGAUAUAAGUUCCAUUCUGAUCCCAAGAGUUUUCAUUCUGUAUAGAGACUGAAUGUCCUGUAAAUGCCAGAUUUUUUGCUUGAGUUUUACUAGCUGGCAAAUGAGUUCCCACUUGUCUCUUACUGCAUUGUGAAAGGAGAAAUAGAGGAACACGGUUAUUAAGAUUUACUUUAUCUUUGUACAAAUUAUGAGACAAUGCAAACAUCGCCAUUUAGAUGAUAUAACAUUUAUUAUGUUCAACAAAUCCCAGGUUACAAGAUUCCCAAAUGCAAGACACUGGAUGAGUACAGAAACUUCAUAGAGGCUCUUCCCUUGGUGGAUUCUCCGGAGUGCUUUGGUCUACAUCCAAAUGCUGACAUAACGUAAGUAGUAAAUGCAUCAUUUCAUGGGUGGACAUUUAAAAGGACACAAAUUCAAAGGAAUAUGAAAAUAAUUUAUAAAACCAUUUCCGUAUUUGUUCUAGGGCUAAUUUUUGCAGGCAAUUUUCAAACGCUCUGCUGUCUUCUAACUUUGGUGGUUGAGGUUGCCAUCCUAGGCAAAUGAGUCCAUUCUAUUGGCUAUUUACUCAAAGAUCGGGAAGAUCUGGGAUUUAUUCCAAUCCACUACCGGGUACUUCUGCACACAGCUUCACCAAAUCAAUGUUCAUUAAUUAUUUUUAAAAAUUAUCUAAUAAUAAUAAUUAACUAAUAACUAUCUAAUAAUUAUCUAAUAACUUAGUUUAAGUAUUCCUUUUUCAUAAGUGUUUAGAAUUAUUGACAACAACUUCGAGCAUGUGUUGAAUAAUCAUACUACCAGCAAGAAGCCAGUAUAGGAGCUGCUGCCCAAGACAAUCAGGGACUGGAACAAUCUUUCAAAAGGAACGGUUGAAGCGACAACACUAGACACAUUUGUGUCUAUUGCCUCAACCCCUAGUGCAUGAUUCCCUCACAAAGUGGCACUGGAAAUCAGUGAAAUUUCCUCAACACCAGUAACAGAAACAUUGCAAAUCCCAUCUACAUGCAUAGGAGCCAAAAUGAUCAAUAAAUUGAUCGUGGGCCCUUAAGAUAUAGAAGAAGAAGAUAAAUGGUAGUUCACCAAAGAAUCUAUGAAAAUGUUACAAUUUAAUUAAUCUGUUAUUUUUAAUUCCAUGCACGCUCUGACUCCUUGCAAAGUCUUGAACUACUGUAACAAGUGCCCUUAAAUAUGGAUCUCCUUUCAGGUACCAAACCAAUACAGCCAACAAAAUGUUAUCAACCAUUGUUAACAUUCAGCCCAAAGAUGCCGGCAGUGGAGGAGGCGAGACACGUGAGACUGUGGUCUACAGGCUGGCUGAUGAUAUGUUGGAGAAACUGCCCCAAGACUAUGUGCCACAUGAGGUACGUGGGUAUAACUUGAUAUGUAUAAAUGUAAUGACCAUUUGCAUGUGAUGGGGAAUUUGAUAAGUUUAGAUGUUAGGUGUUGUGCCAUGAUAGAAAGAAAUGUGAGGGACUUGUGGCAAAGGUAAUGUCCAGCUCCAUAUGAUGGGAUUUGAUAUAAAGAAGGAAUGCUAAGUGUUUCUCAUUCAAUAUGUCAGUUUAUCUUUGGUGUCAAGUUAUGGUUGGCAUAAAACAAUUGACUAGAUUAAGAUUGUUAUGCAUUUGGUUUCCUAUGCCUUAUGUUAUGGAACAUAAAAUCCUUCUUUACAGCAGUUUAUAACAAUGUUAUUACCUCCUUGUUGCUUCAAGUUCUAAUUAUUUCCCGCAUCUUGUCCAGGUGCGCGAAAGAUUGAAAAAGAUGGGCAGCUUGCAACCACUGAACAUCUUCUUACGCCAGGAGAUUGACCGUAUGCAACGAGUCAUCGGGCUAGUGAGAACCACACUAAUGGAUCUCAAACUGGCCAUUGAUGGUACCAUCAUUAUGUCUGAGAACCUGAGGGAUGCCUUGGAUAACAUGUUUGAUGCUAGAGUCCCCAACAAUUGGAAGAAAGUCAGUGACAUUUACACAAUAGCUGAUACUGGUGUACAAAUAAUGAUGACAUAUAGAAUUGCACAAUGUUGGUUGUUUCAGCAAUUUAUUAGAAAAUAAAACAGAACAUGUGCCUUUUCUAUUACUCUGGUUAAUGCUAGGGAUAUUCCAAUAUAUUAGGCUGCAAACUGCCUCUUAGGAGUGGAAGGAAUUAGAUUACUUUGUGAUGAAGGGGAACAUUUUUGUUGAAAUGUGUUAUCAUAGACACUUUACUUCACAACAUGCAUGAGAAUAGUAUCAAAUAUUAUUGUUUUUAUUUUUGCAAAGCAGCUUUGAAAAGUAUGGUGCUAAUUAUUUAAAAUAAUGUAAGCAUAGCUUAAAUUUUUUUUUGAAGAAAUGAACAAGUUAUUUAUUUUAAAAUAUUGUGCUCCAUGUUGCUAAGCUGCUUCCUUAAAUGUUGUCAGGUAUCAUGGCAAUCCACAACCCUGGGAUUUUGGUUUACGGACUUACUUGACCGCAACGCCCAGUUCAAUUCCUGGCUCUUUGAAGGUCGUCCAACCACAUUCUGGAUGACUGGCUUCUUCAAUCCUCAGGUCUGUAACGUCUAAAAGUCUAAACCAUUGUUUCAUUCCAAAGUUAGAUUUAGUCUAAAAGUCUAAACCAUUGUUCCAUUUCAAAGUUAGAAUUAGUCUAAAAGUCUUAACCAUUGUUCCAUUCCAAAGUUAGAUUUAGUCUAAAAGUCUAAACCAUUGUUCCAUUCCAAAAUUAGAUUUAGUCUAAAAAUCUAAACCAUUGUUUCAUUCCAAAGUUAGAUUUAGUCUAAAAGUCUAAACCAUUGUUCCAUUCCAAAAUUAGAUUUAGUCUAAAAAUCUAAACCAUUGUUCCAUUUCAAAGUUAGAAUUAGUCUAAAAGUCUUAACCAUUGUUCCAUUCCAAAGUUAGAUUUAGUCUAAAAGUCUAAACCAUUGUUCCAUUUCAAAGUUAGAUUUAGUCUAAACCAUUGUUCCAUUCCAAAGUUAGAUUUAGUCUAAGAGUCUAAACCAUUGUUCCAUUUCAAAGUUAGAUUUCAUUAUUUAAACAAUUAUUAGAAUUACCAGCCAGGCCAAAUUAUACAGAAAUGUGUAUGAAAUCUUGAUGUGUGUUUAGUUGUACAUGGUCAUACUAUCAAAAUAACUUGAUUACUUGCACACUCUUUUAGUUGGAACUAGUUGUAUGUUGAAUUUGGUCAACAGUUAAUGAGGAAAUUUUGUUUUUCUGCUGGCAGGGUUUCCUCACAGCAAUGAGACAAGAGAUUACCAGAGCGCACAAAGGCUGGGCACUGGACACUGUGUUCCUUGAGAAUGAAGUGACCAAGCUUAUGAAAGAAGACAUCACUAGUGGCCCUAGUGAAGGUAGAGCUAGUUUUUUUUUAACAUGUGUGUUUCAAAUAGUUUAACCUGAGGGAUUUAAAUUAAAUGACAAGGCCUGUAAUAAUGAUUGAGUGGUUUUGUAAAGUACAAAAAUACUUAAUGGUUUAGAAAUAUUUUUCCCAUUCCUUUCUAUACUGAUAAAAAACAUUAGGAUUAUCUUUUAGUUUUUUUAACACUUAUAUAUAUAUAUAUAUAUAUAUAUAUAUCCAUUUGUUAAUUUAUUGAUUGUAGUCCUUUAAAUUACAAAAAAUAGAAAUGUUUGUUUUAUUGUAAACAACUGAGAUCAUUUGAUGGUUUGAAAUCAUGUCAAGUUAAGUUAUCUACAAGGUGAAAAAUAGUGUUCAUUUUUACAUAUUAUAUUUAUAACUUUGCCAUUUCACAGGUGUCUACGUCUAUGGACUUUACCUGGAUGGGUCCGGCUGGGACCGUCGUAAUGCCCGCCUCAUUGAACCCACACCUAAAGUUCUGUACACGCCGCUGCCUGUUGUACAUGUCUUUGCCAGCAACCAGGAGAAAACCCAGAGUUUGAAUGUGUACAGUUGCCCUGUCUACAAAAAGCCCAACCGUACAGAUUUAACCUACAUCUUCCCACUGGCACUUAAGACCAACAAGACCCCAGAUUACUGGACUCUGCGAGGUGUUGCCUUACUUUGUGAUAUCAAGUAAAGAACUUUGAUCCAGUUCAAUCAACAAAUCUUCUGUUCUUAUAAAAUAUUUUAUAUUAGCAUGUUAAAAAAAUUAAUUAAUUCCAGUCGUUGCAAUUGAGAUAUUUUUUUACUUCCCAAAACCAGACUUAAGCUAAAGAAGUUGUCUUAUUUGUCAUCUGUUAAUUAAUUAAUGUCUUGUCUGUAAUAAAUUUAUUAAUCAGUUAAGAAAAUUUAUAAUAACAAUACAAUAUGUCUUUUAGAUCUUAAUUAUAAAUACCCAAUAUAAAAACUCACAAUGUUUUAAAAUACAUCAAAUAAUUAAGAUUUAUUUCUAAAAUUAUCCCAACAUAUAAAUGAAUGAUUAAAAACAAGUUUACAAACUAUUUACCUCCUUGAGAUUUGUCGUAAACAUACUUUCUGAUAUAGAUGAGCUUAAAAGCAAAUGCCCUUUUAACUAAACAUUGGUUAUAUGUGUGAUUUGUUUGCUCUUAUUUAGUGUGUUGAAUGAUUUAUGUAUACUACGUCAUUAUUGAUCUGGAAUAACUUACAAUGUAGGCCGAAUGCUAAAAAUUAAGCUGCAUAAAUGAAGCAAACAAAAUGGCUUAUGAGUGAUAGAGAGAUCUGUUUAGCCUAAGAAAUGAGUAGUGUACAAUUAUUUUUACAAGUCACUUUGUUGUUUAUUUAUUGCACAAAGUUGUUAAAGUCUUUGACUUUACAAAAUGUUGCAUAAGGAUUUAAAAUAAAAUUCUUUGAAAUGUAAAAGCUAUUUUAAUAAAUUUAUGGGAUAUUUCACUUAUUGAUUGUAUAAUUAUUAUAUAGCAUAAAUACCUAACAUUAUUAUACCCAAGUGUUUCAUUUAGUUUACAUUACCUUUCAAUGCAUGACAUAUUUUCUGAUAUUUCUUAAUAUCCUUUUUAAAAGUGAACUUUCAUUAGCAAAGUUAACAAAAUUCACCAAUUUGUUUAAAAAAAAUAAACCGUAUUUAAAACCAUUGCAAAAUUUGUCAUUAAAAAAAAUAAUUAAAAUCCCUCUAAAGUAUGUUGAAACCCUUGACGAAAGCAAAUUUACCAUUUGAAUAUAUUAUAUAUUAAUGUUUGCAAUUUAUGAAUAUGUGUGAAAAUACAACAUAUUAUACAUUGUUGAACACAGCACAACUGAUAAAUUACUGUGUCUAAACCAAGUAUUAUUUUCCUUACAGAUUUGAAGAAAAAAAAAGUAUUAUAAAUAUUUUACUUAACUCUAAAAGUGUGCAAUUUUUUACCAUGAUUGUUUCAUUGUGAUAUUGGAAACAUCUAUAUUAGGCCUAUACAUUUUUUGUUGCUGUGUACCUUGAAAAAUGACAUUCAUAGUAUCACAAAGCAAUCUGAACGGCUGCUUAUCCCGUUUGUUAUAUUCUUUGUUUUUAUUUGGGAUCAUCUGUGAGGCGUUAACUGUUAUGUUAACACAUACUAUACUGACCUGCGUGCUGUGCAUUCUUAUGUUAGUGCAUUGAAUACCAAAUAUUUUAAGCUGUUGCACAGAGUACUUCUGUGGUGCUGAACAGUAUUAAAGAACUGAACUAUU